AGGUAAACAUGCCGCCUCCUAUAAAAGAAGACGCGGGAUGAGCAGAGAAAUGGUUUCAGUAACAGUAUCCUGCAGCUGCUCCAAACUGACCCGGAGCCGGUUUCCUGAAUGUGAGAAGUUUGCUGGCUCGCUCUUAUUUCGUAAUUGACCUACUUCACUCUCCAGGAAAACAAAAAAAACAAGGGGGGUUAUAUAAGCGAGCAGAGGAAUUUGGCAGAGAGGAGCGUGUUCAGAGUGAGAUUAAUACCUGCUCAGGUAGUAUAAAAACACACCUGCAGCAGAGCUCAGCGCUUUGCCACCUGACAAUGGCUGGAAAUAUAGAUUACGAAGUCAUGUCGGCGGGGAUCCGGGGCAUGUUUUUCAUGCUCACUCCGAACGAAUCAUCCUUUGAGAAAGUUGAAGAAGUUCCUCAUUAUGUGCAGCAGGUGGGUACAACUUUCCUCCACUUCCCUCUCACUCACUCACUCACUCUCACGCAGAAAAAUGUGUUGCCUAUGUGGUGAUCUGAUUCCUCCUGCUGUGGGCAGGAAACCUUAGUCGACCCUCAGCUGCUGUCUCUCACUGCAGGGCUGGAGAAGAGCUGGACUUGGUCAGGGAAUAUAAAACCAGCUCUGGAAACAUGCAUGCAAGGUUUCCAUGUAUGCAAACCAAAACACUGACUUAUCAUUUCGUCAGAAAGUAAUUUACACUUGAUUUAUCAGCAAAAAUGUGGAGUAUUUGCUGAUACAAGCUGCCCUCAUGUGUAGAUACUUCUAGCUUUAGUAUUUCUAAACUGAGUAUGUAUUGAUACGGAAGGAGAAAGGGGCCAAUUGGGAAAAAAUUAAGACUUUUUUGCAAUCUGACUUAUUUUCUCCUGCAGAAUUCAGAGAAAAAUGUCUGACUUCUUGUUUUCACCUCAUAUUUUUUCCUUUUUUCAGAAAAAUGUUAUUGUAAUUCCAAUAUUAUGAGAAAAAAAGUUUGGAUUUUAAGUUUGAAGCCAAUAUUCUGACUUUAAACUCAGACUUCUGUGGAAAAAAGUCAAAAUUUUGAAAAAUAAAUACACAAAACAGCACCUCAGAUUUUUCCAGCCACCCUAAUCUACUUACCGUACUUUUCGCACUAUAAGGUGCACCUGAUUAUAAGGCGCACCAUCAAUAAACGGGUCUAUUAUCAUACAUAAGGUGCACUGGAUUAUAAAGCGCAUUAAGCCAAGCAAAACAGUCAAUAACUCCGCGAGGCUAGGGUAGCUGCAGUGCUCUGACAAGCCAAAAGGAUUUUAAGUACACCUUAUAGUGUGAAAAAUACAGUAUGUUAUAGAUUUAGGCUUUGAAUCUACAGAAGCAAUACUAAUGUAUGACCAAAGACAACACUUGUGAUACCCAACAUAGACAAUAAACUGCAUUUGUGCGGAACAACUAAUCUAAAUACUCAAGUGUUGGUAAAAUUUGCCUUCACUACCUCUAAAUGACAGGAAGAAAAUAUAUAUUUAAAAGAAACACUUCUUGUAACGCAUUUCUCAUUUUGCAGAAACAUAGACAAAAGUAGGAGGAGGAUUCACAGUUAAAAAAGGAAAACUAUCUUAAUGUCUGUAAUUUUAAUUCUUAAUGAUAAAGCUAAAACUUGCUGUACAUUUUGAACUACCAAUAUUAUCAGAAAUAUCUGGAUAUUUGCUCAUAACAUUGAUAAAAGUUCAGGUAAAGCAUUAUAUGUGGAGUUUCAGAGGAUGAUUUGGUGCCACUCUGGGACACAGACACAAUUAGGGAUGGAGGAUAUUAGUAUUGGUGGAUAAUACUGUAUAAAAUUGAUUUCUGUUGCUGGCAGAUGUAGAAAUCGCUGCCAUUAUAUACGCAGAUACGAUGACACAUCAAUUGCUUGCAUGUGAUGUUAACUUAUGCCAACAAGAUUUGGCGUCUCAGCUGUAUGGAAGAGACUGGAACUUCUUACAAAGGAGCAAAUGAGUGUUUAUAGAAGUGUCUGUCUAGUUCAUUCACAAACAAAGGAGCAAAAAUGACUAAAAACUGGGUUAUAAAAAAAAAAAUAAAACCACAGAUUUCAGGAGUUUCUAAAAAAAUUAGCUGAAACUUAUCCCCAAAAAUCAAACAGCUAAAAUAAAGUAGAACACUAAACUCAAUGAGGCCCAGUUUGGGGGGAUUUUGACCUUUUAAUCAGUAUCCUGGAGAAGAUAAGAGAGUUAUCCAACAGGGUUUGAAGGGCAGAGUUUAGAUGACCUCAUAUUUACAACCCAAAGAGGAAGCAGUUUAAAAGAUAAAAGAUUUUAAUUGAAGGAUAUUUCAUGAUUUAAGCCAUAAAUGUGGUCAUGCAUUUAAAGGGGAUUUCUCAAAACAGGACUGCGUCAUCGUUCAGCUCUGCGUUGGUUUGUGUCCUCAUCUUAACCUUUUUACAGCUCGGCCUACAUGACUGCUGUCCUCAUUUGAUCCGAUUUUACUCAUUCAGCUAAAACUGUGAAGACUUGUGAGUUUAAGACAGUUUGAGAUUGUAUGGAGAAGACAGGAAAGAGAGGAAGGACAUCCAAGUACACCAAAUAGAACCCUGUUUAAAAUGAAAAGUGGCAACAACAGCGUGUGCCAGUCCAAUAACAGUAAAGACUACAACUGAUGAACUGUUGUACAUCAUCAGCAAAUGUGCUGAUGUCUUUCCUUUCAUUUUCUCAUGUUUAUAAAGUUGUAGUAAAAUCACAUUCAAAAUCAGAAACUCAAUCUAUGAUUAGCAGCUGUUACUGUUUUGAUGAAAGGUGGGGUAGGUAGGAAUCCGUUAAAGAAGCAUCUUUUUUUGUGGUGUUUAUACAAAAAAACUUUCAAUAUCAUUCAAUAGCUGUUAGUCAUUGAUGACAUUUGGUAAUAUAACGAUAUCGCUGUGUUUUGUUAUGUCUGUGAAGUCAACGUUUUAAAUUUCCGAGCACUCAGCUCUUUUUACUGUAAACAAAGCCGUUCUUCACCUCCCCCAACCUGAUUGGUUGUGAGGCAGACGCUGCUGUCUGAACAUGAUGGCUUUAUUCUAGAAAAAUUAUGACUUUACCAGCACUUUGUGUUUGUUGUAAUAUGACCCCCAAACAUAACAGUACAGCUUGAUUUUCUCAUGAUUUCAUUCCUACAAGAAAAUGUUUUUUUCAGGACUAAAAAAAACUCCAGUGACCUUUACACUUCAUCAUAAGAAAAAUCAACAUCAAUAUCUGUUGAAGAAACAUAUUUAGUUAAAUUUAAAACACAACAGUUUGUAAGUUUGACUUAAAAUGACUGAAAUGUGAAAUCAAAAUUAAAAAGUUACUUUUACUGAGUUUACAGUUGAUUAAAAGCUCCUGCGAGGAACUUUUGUUUUGUGUCACUUUUGGCGUCACCUGUUGACAAAGCGUUAUUUGCUUAUCUUGUCUUUUACAUACUAAAGUCCUAUCUUUUAAAGUUAAUCUAAUUAUUUCGACUUUUAGCCAGUCAAAUGGAUCAGGGAAUAUUUAAUGUGAAAAAUGCUGCCUGGCUGACACCUACCCCCGUCACUCUGGUGUUAGACAUCAUGAAAAACAAUGUAAUCUAGUCCUUGUCGCUCUUUUUUACUUUUAGAUAUAAUGAAAAGGCAUCAGAACAAACUUCUAUUUCAUAAACAUCCUAAAACUCCUUAUAGUGGCUUUGACUUUGGGGGAUCUUGACCUUCAUGUAACAGCUCACUUGGAUAAGGACAGUGUUUACAUGACUUCAUGAAAUUGACCCUUAAAGAAAGGAUUUCAAAGAUACACAGAUGAUUUACACCCCAUCACUUUUCAAGAAUUGUCAAUAGCUUUAUGUGUUUAGCGUGAGAGAAGGUUUAGAUAUCUUCGUCACAUGAGGCAACACUAGAUCGUCACACAAAUUUAAUGUUUUACACAUUAAUUAGCACAAUAAGAGUCCUCUACUACAACUUAAUGUCAUUUUACAGCGUCUGAGAUGUCAUUUACUGCAGCAAUUGUCUGGCGCAGGUUUAACAACAUAUGUUUGUCAUGAGGUUUUAUAGCGCACAUCAGGGGAGGAGGACAAUUACCCUCACAACAGGAGUCCUUAUUAUCCACUACCAAGCGUGAUUAAACAGAUUUGUUAUAGCUGCAGGGCUUUGUGGUGAUACAAGUUUGCAGGGGUGUGUAUGAGCACUUUGUGACUCAGCACUUUGUCAUUAAUUAUUCUGCGCACUGUUGUUCUCCGAUCCCAGCAGGCCUCAUUAAUUCGAGAAGAAAAACAAAAUCUUCUUAUUUCGGAGUUGUUUGGAAUUACGGGUUUUCAGGGUUGUUUCCUGGUCUCUCUGAUUUAAAAGCAAACACAAUGUUUUCCUCAGACAGCGGUGAUAAAAGCCGAUUGUCAGACUGCAUGUUUUCAGCAAACAUCAGUCGUCCAUGACCCCAUAAAAAAGGCUGUUCGGGGAAAGCACGGACAUCUGGUCGACAAAUGUCUUCAUGUUUAAUGUAAUGUCGAAAUAGUGGAGAAAAUAAUAUUAUUGAAUACCACAACAAACAGUUCACAGGGGGUGUAAGUAUGCUGCAUUACAAAACAGGACUCUUUGAUAGUAAUUCCAAGUUUAUUGUGAAAAGAUCAAACUUUCCAAGAGCAUUUUAGGCACAUAACAGAUCAGAACUAUCUAGUUUUAACAGGAAAGGUGUGUCUGCCUCCUGUAUCCAUAAGAGGAACGUUUUUAUUGCAUUGUUAGCAUCACAAAUAGAGUGUUGACACCAUAGUUAACACCUAAACUUAAUUGUUGUUUGGUUAUUUUAGCAUUAAGUCUCGUAAAUUUGCCCGAAAAAGAUUUGUAGCAUGUUGGGAAAAUGUGAAGCUGUGUCCAGAUAAUCUCUAGUCUAGUUUGAACACUCAGAUAUUGAGGUCACCUUUCUGGUUUCAAAUGAAUCAUGGUCACAGUAGAAAACAGUCCCCCAGUCAUAAGGUAUCAGACUAGAGGAGAGAGGAGAGCAGGGAGAAGAGCAGGAGAUGUCUGAAAAAACAAAGAGAGCCUGAAUGAGCUUACAGUCGCCGGGUUAAACAUAACGCUUGACAUUUUAAUAACACAGUGUACAAUGUUGACUCAAUUACAAGUGUUAAUCAUUGGGUGACCAUAUGUCCUCUUUUGACCCAGACAUGUCCGCUUUUUUGGGGGCUUGUCCAGCUUUGUCUGGGGAAGUUUAUAAAAUCCUUCAAAUAUCAGCGGUUCUGUAUGAGAGUUUCAAUUUUGUGUAAUGUGGACUUACCAAGUUAGAAGCGCGUAAAUGACACUUGAUCCAACUUGAAAAACUCUCAAAAUUAGCUUUAUGCAACUCCGUAGUUUUGAGGAAGUCAGAACAUGGUCGCCCUCGUUAGUCAGCCCUCUAGUGUUUUCAUUGUGAUUAAGCUGAACGAAUUAAAGCACGGCCCCUUUCAACUCUGUUAUAUACUGUCUGUUUCUUUUAUGCUUAAUGUCAUUUUCCAGUUUGACGAUUUUCCCACAUAUUAAUCAAUUCAAUCAAUCAUUACAUUUUUAUUUACAUAGCACCAAAUCACAACGGUCUUUGUCCCAAGAUGCUUUCCAAAAGAGCAAGUCUAGACCACACUCAUUGUUUGAUGUACUAAACAGAGUCAACCUUGAGAUGGAACAGAUUUGACCCACCCCAUCCAACAUGAAUGAAGAAAACUUCCUUUUAACAGGCAGAAACCUUGAGCAGGACUAAACUCAUGUGUGGCAGCUACCUGUCGACGCUGAGUGUGGGAUUAACACUCAUUUUAUGUUUGUAAAAGAGACGUUUCGUAAAUGCAACAAAAAUAAUCACAAUUAUGUUUUUUUUGCCAUAAUCAAGCACCAUUAUCUGCAGCAUAGUGGGGAAACAGGCAGAAACCUCAAGCAAGAACAGACUCAUGUUGAACAGGCGUGCACUGUAUGAGAGUUGGAUAACUGUAGAUGCAGAGAGAUAGUUGGAUAGUGAGGAAUGAACAAAAAGUAUGCAUGAAGAUUGGUUUAUUGAUAUCUUCGUCUUAUUAAGAAAACUAUUCAGUUAAAAAAAGUUCUUUAGUAGCUAAAAAUGGCAAUAGAGGACGAAUACUGUGACUACAAAGAUGACAGCGAUGAAGUUAUCCGAGUGGGAGUAACGUGAAAGAAUGAAAGCAAAGGAAGCUCUUUCCUCCCCCUCUGUAUUCCCAACAUGAUGAUCAUAUUUCCCUGCUGAAUAAUUUUGUCUGAGCUGUCAGGACCACAGAGCCACAAAGGUAAAUCUAUCUGCUACAUGAGAGAGAAUAAAUGAGUGAAGUUUUUUUUUUUUUUUGUCCACAUCCAGAAUGAUAAUCUCCCUCUCAGCGGGGUUUGAGGGGGUCUGCCUGUGCUGCAGCUCUGCAGUCUGCUGCCAGAUGUUGGAGCGUUGCGUGUGAUUGCAGGUCCCCGGUGACGCUCUCGCCUUCUGCUUGUGCACACACUUUCACACACACUCACAUCACGCACCUGCAUGCAGGAGGAGAGGCGUUCACAUGUGUAUAAGCAAACACACACACACGCACACACAUGCACGUUUCCUCCCUGGCCACCUGCAGAUGUGCUCCUCCGCGGCCUCGUCACGCCCCUCAUUCCUCGCUCUCAGCAGGGCCAUGUGUCCCGGUUACGACUGCAGCCACUUGGUGGAUGAGAGCCUCGGAGCUAAAGCUAAGCAGCAGGUCUGAAGUCGCAGUCGUGACCUGUUUGCUAACCACGUCCCUCUCUAAUUGGUUCCAUGUUUGACAUACUCAUUAAGAGGUUAUUACAUGUUUCCAGCAGGGUUAGAAUAGAGGCCUGUCACUGACCGCUUGGUUUGUUAUUACCAUUUGUUUUGUCAUGACAAAUUACCAAAUGGCAUCCAUACUGAAAAACUUCUGGUCAGUGCAAGUAUGUCUUACCACUUUUUCUGUUCCCAAAAAUAAAGAAACUGAAGCGGUGUUUUGUACGUAAAUAGAUGGUUAAAGUGAAAAAUGACUUGGAUCAAACAUUCAUCAGCUGUUUUAGUUCAGUGUGUGUUAAAGUCAGUAAUGUGGAAAUAAAUACAACAACUUUUCUUAUGAUUCAGAAGAACUCUUUAUUUUAACCAAGAUGGUCUUAAAGAAUUUUGUUUAAUACAGCAUGAAACAAAGAGAAGAAAAAAGAGCUUUACUCUGAAAAAUUCAUAGAAUGUUUUUUUAAUGAAUUUUAUUCUUGGGCUUUCUGUGCCUUUACCUGAGAAAUUGCAGCUCCAUGAAGUUACUCAGUGGUUUCAUUUUGCCACUCAAGUUUAUGGUUUAUGCUUCUGUGUUGGACCCCUAGACUGUAUAUACUAUGGCUAACUUGGUUCCGCUGUCAGUUCUAUACGGAUUUGAAGCCAAAAAGCUCUCGGUAAUUCCGCAUUUUUUCUCCAUUUCCUGAAACCAACAUUGCGCUGUAGCGUUGUGCGCAUUCGGUGGGAAGGUGGGAUUUAUGACCUAUACUGCAGCCCGUCACCAGAGGGUGCUGUUCUCGGAGUGGCUUCACUCCAUCACUACAGUCUGUGGUUGGACCUAAGCUAUAGCAUACCUAGUAAGGCCGUGUAGUCCUGCACCUAUGCAGAAGCCUGCAUGUGUAGCCCAAUGUGCGCCUUCUUUAAAUGUAACCAUGUGUUGAAAGAAGCAGACAACGAUCUCUGUGAUUGGUCUACUUGGUGGUGGACAUUACAUACACACGGUAUCGCUCUUACCUCUUCAUCAGGGGAUGUUUAGUCUGUCCACUAACAUCUCCCCUCUUUCUUCCUUGGAAUAGUUGCAGCAUAAUCAACUGCUGCACAUCAGGUAUCAGCUUCAACUCAAAUAUAUUAUCCUUGGUUUCAGUUGCCAUGGUUUCCGGUACUCAAAAAGGGAGGGAACGUAGCAGAAUGAGAAAGUAGUGGUGUAUGAGUAGAGUACUGCCUAUGAACGUGUAGGUGGAGUAUUGCAAAGUGACUCAGACUCACCUACACAGAGGUAAGUAGUCGUCUUGACGGCCAGUCUGGUGUAGGAACAGUUCUGAUGAAAAAGCAGAAAUCAGGCUUCUGUCUUGGGUUAUUUGCAUCUUUAGAUUCCACAUAACGUGAAGUAGAGUGAAGCAUUUCUUGUAACUCAGACUGCAGGAGUAGAGAGUAGAAGUUUUCAGACAGUUUCAGAGACCGAUAGUCCAAACUCUAGGACUUAGAUGAGACUCAAAACUUCUCAAGAUCAACCCUGACUUCCAAGAUGAACAACUGGAUCACAAAACUGCUGGCUCAUUUCUAAAACUACAAACGUUUCAGCCACUUCACACAAACAUAGAAGAGCAGACAACAUUACUAGUGGUUUUCAACAUGCAUUUUUUUGCAAGAAGCAGCCACUUCUUUGAGCUCUUCUGACGUGAAAACCAGUUUACUUUAAAGUUAACAGGACAAUUUAGUCCUCAAAUUCAUCUGAAUGGCUUCCUUCUUUCAUAAACCAACAACAGCAAAGACUCAAAGGAAAGUCAUCCACCAUUUAACACCUGCAAAAAAAAAAAACAUGCACAAGCAAAUGCAAAUGUUUAGUGUUAUUCUACGAUGCCAAAUACUCCUUCUUGUGGUCCUUCAGUGUUUUACCCAACCAGUGUGACUGUUUGCCUCUCCAGUUGCUCUCCUCAAACAAAUGUUUGUGAUCUCCGAUCUGCCAAUACACUGUGGCUUUAAACCCGCUGCUUCCACCUCGCAGAGCGAAACAAACAUCACGGAUCGCAAGACAUGAAAGUCCCCGUGCUCUCAGUUUGUCCGCCAAAACAAACAUCUAACCUCAACACAACUGCAAGAGGCAACAGUGGACUUGAAACUGUUGUGUGUUUUUUAACAGUAUGUGACGUUGCUGAAUCACGAUUACAAUUAAAUGUGUAUUUGUGUGUGUUUAUGUGUGCAGGCGACUCCUUUCUUCAUCUUGCUGAUGGUGCUGGAGCUGGUGGUGGGCUUUCUGAAGACAGGGGCUCCUGUGAUUCCACUUGGUGAUGGAGUCACUUCUUUAGCUGCUGGGAUGAUCUCCAGACUCCCAAUGUGAGUGAUUAAGCAGCUCGUCCUUCGGUCUGUCUGAGGACAGCUUUCUUUCCUGUUUUAGGAAGAUACGGCUCUUGUAUCGGUCUUGGAGAUCAGAUUUGUGAAGCGCCUUAACUUAGAGUAUUUUCAUCUAAAAGACUGUUACCACGUCCAGAGUGAGGUUCAGGGAGAAGCAGAAUCAAAUUCCCCUCUAUAUGGUUUUUUGACUGCAAUUAGAAAUUUAUACAAGAGACUGACAAGACAGUAAAACAGAGGAGUUCAGUAUAUACAACAAUGAAGUACACACAAGGAUAAAAUUCAGUCAAUUAUAUCGUAUCAUUUGUAUCAUACCAUGCCAUGCCAAGCCGUAUUGUAUGGUGUCAGUUGCGUUGUAUCGUAUCAUAGCGUAUCGUAUGGUAUCAUAUUAUGUAGUGUAAUAUUGAAGAUAUCAUAUCGUAUCGUCCUAUAUAACACUGAAGAUGUUGUAUCAUCCUAUAAAAUAUUAAAGAUAUUGGAUCUUAUCAUCCUGUGUAAUAAUGAAAGUAUCGGAUCGUCCUAUAUAAUAUUGAAGAUAUAGUAUUGUAUUGUCCGUUAUAAUAUUGAAGGUAUUGUGUCGUAUCGCCCUGUAUAAUACUGAAGAUAUCGUGAUUGUAUCGUAUCUUAUCGUGUCAUCCUGUACAAUAUUGAAGAUAUUGUAUUGUAUCGCCCUAUAUCUAAUAUUGAAGACAUUUUAUGGUAUGGUAUCUUAUCGUAUGGUAUCGACCUGUAUAAUUUUGACAAUAUUGAUUGUAUCAUAUCAUAUCGCAUCAUAUCGUCCUAUAUUACACUGAAGAUAUCGUAUCGUAUACAGAGCAUAUCCUAUUGUAUCUUAUCUUGUUGCGCCAUAUCAUAUUGCAUCAUUUUAAGUCAUGUCGAAUCAUACUGUGACAUAUUGUGUUGUAUUGUGUUAUGUUGUGUCAUAUUGUAUCAUGCUGUACCAUAUGGAACAUACUGUAUCGUAUUGUAUCUUGUCGUGUUGUGUUACAUUACAUUGUUUGGCGCCAUAGCAUGUCAUGUUAUUUUGUUUUAUUUCAUUUCGUUUUGUGUCACUCUCAUCAUAUCACCAUAUCAUCACAAACUUCCAUUACCUGUUUGGUACCGGCUUUUAUGAAGCAGUAGGACAGUUUAUUUCUCCUUAUUUUAAUUUAUUUUAUCUAAAAGUUCUUACAGAAGAAGCUCGAGAACAGCUAAAAAGUCUUUCAAAGUAAAGUACACAGUCCAGCUCAGUGUAGCUUUCCAAUUUGGUCUAAUCGGUAGAAUUCAGAGUCGGUGAGGGUCUUAGAGUUGAUUCAAUAUCUAAGAAGUAAAUAUUGCGCUGACAGACGACUCUGGUUGUCCCGCCCUCCAGGUUGCUGGUUCGAGGCUGUGAGCUGUCUGCGUACAUGUUCGUGUGGGACAGGUACCGCCUGAUGGAGCUGCCCUGGGACUGUGCCUGGACCUGGUGGUUCAUGUUCUUGGGCGUAGACUUUGCCUAUUACUGGGUUCAUCGUUUCGCUCAUGGUAGGUACCGGCAUGUGACACACCACCUGCACAGUAGGAACAAGAAUCAUGACCCAGAAGUGCAGCUUAACAGGAUUUCUGAUGAUAGAUGAGAGACUAGAGUAUCAAUGCCUGGGAUCAAAUCUGCAAAUUGUUGCUUUAUUCCCUUUUAUGCUGCUUAUGUUCCCGUUUGUAAAGCAGGUGUUUACAGGUGGCUGUUUUUCUGCUGCAGCUCACUGUACGACUCACACUUGGCCCACUUUGCUGCCAGCCUGUGAUUAGAUUGUGGAACAAAUUAGUUACGCUGCUGUUUUUAGUUGCUGCAGACUCAAGACAAACUUUACAGAGGACGGUGGUUUCGCUCAAGGUUUCCCUGCACAGAGCUAAACCACUUUGACAUGACCUAUUUCGGAUACUGACUCCUGGUUUUUAUAGUAACUCUUGCAUUAUUAUGAAUUACAGAGGAAGCAGAAGUGGUUCUGAACUAACAUUUUUCAAAUUAUAUAAAAAAUUUUGUUGUUUUAAACAUUAUUUUCACCUAAAACUCAAAACAGAGGAUAAAAAAAGAUUAAUUGCCAAAAUAAAUCAGUGUUUAGGAAUUGAUAAACGUCUUCGUGGGUUUUUGACGAAUCAGAAUCAAGUAUUUAAUGUCUAAUCAAAACUUUACAAUGAGUUUGACAUAACUUUCUUUCACUGACAAUAAGGAAACCUCAAUACUUCUGAUCACCUUAUGCUGCGUUUGUCCUCUCAGUGAUAAGAUUUUGACUGUUGGAUCACUUACCUGUAUAAUAUGUCCAGCUACUGUCUCCAAACAGACCCCUUUUUUACCCUCCCCCCCUAAUGUGUCCCUCAGAUAGCAUGAGCAGAAAACUACAAAGUGAUGUGCUGAUAAACGGUUGUAAAAUGUUGAUUUAGUUGCCGUCCCUGCAGAGACAAACCCCGCAGAAACACACAUCAUGCUUCCCAGGACUUUUUGAAGGAAGCAAUUAUUUUUGAGUUACAUGCAGCUGCUGCGGAGCUGCGCACAUGUGAGAGGUCGUGGUCUCCAGAGGGCUGUGGUCCCGCAGCUAGGAGAUGUACGCUGUCACGGCUCUAAAGCUGCAGCAGCGUCUUGCAGCAUCACUGUAAAAACCAGGAAUAUAAAAUGCGUGCCAGACGCGGUAUUUCUGCAGAUGUUGGUCAAUAUUUUGCCAUGUGCUUUGGCUCGCUGAUGCACAUGCCAGCUGCCCGCCUGCCACACAGCGCACCGGAAAAGAGGCGUUUAUUUGUGGCCUGCGCUGAUGUUUAUUUGUGUCAUUGGCUCAUCAAGCUGCCCGCCGCCUGGUCAGUGUAGUUUUAGAUGAAAGUCCACUGCGGCUGCUGGUGUUAGGACCUGGAUAAACACAAACUGGGUUUGUUUUCUGCCUUGGCUGGAAAACAGGAGGCCUCCAUGACUCUGAGGUGAGUGAGGACGUUCUCACUAAAUACUAGGUGGAGGUUGUUUUUGCUCUUUGCACACCCCUCUCUUUCUGACACGCAGUGAAAGCAUGCUUGAUAUUACUGCUGUCAUCGCGGCGUGGCGAGGUUGUGUCUGUAAUUCCUCUUGGGAAAACAAUGACGCCUCCCUGCAGAGGAGGUCGGUUAAGCGGAUUUGGGAGCAUUUUGCUGCAUCAGAUUGGGAUACCAUGCAUUUUCUCUAGCUAUGAAAAAGUUUAUACCUCGGACAGAAACAUCGACUUGAACUUCUCCAACCUGAUGACGACACUUGUGUUUGUCUUGUAUCUGUCAUCUCCCAUAACGUGAUCAGAGCUGCACUGGUAGCCACAAACUGAGUCCCUUACAGUAAAGGCUAGCACUUAAUAUUUCUGCUUUACCUCCAUAUUUCAUUUCUGAAUUUCACAACCAAAAGGAAAAAUCUGUGUUAAUAGGGCAGUGUGUGUUUACACGCAAAAUAAGACCAAGGACAGUAAAUGCAUCACGGUGAUACAGGUGCGUUGACAUGAAGAAUCAAUAUUUGAAACCCUUGACACCAAAGUGAUUAAAUCCAAAGUCUGAAAACUGAACGUGACCUUGGUGUGAAGUUUACAGGGACGAGCCGACACAAAAACUGGGAGUGAAUUCCUUGGAUCCAGAAUCACAUAAAAAUGUCAGUUUGAAGACUGAAUGAUCUGAAAGUGAAAGCAGGAAAACUUCUUUAAAAUACAUUUGAAAUGUUAUGAUCCACAUUUUGUUGUUUUUUUACUUUUAAACAAACAGGACAGACAGUCUGCUCCGUGAUUCUUCCUUGCAGUCUGCAGAAAAGUUGUCAGUUUGAACUGUUUUAGUUUUUUUUUGCCUGUGACGUAACAAGUUACUUUAAACAAAAACAUUUGAAGUUGAUUCGAUUGGUUUUUAUUUCUUGCUUUCAUAGGUCUUCUUUUGGUGUAUAUCCAGUUUGUAUAACGGUACCAUAAAAUCUAAAUUUAUGCUAAAAUUUGGGAACACUCUGGCGUUCUCUGCGGAAACAGUCUGGCGUGGUUUCGGUUUCUGAGAUUUAAAAACGUCCUUUUUGUAUUUUGUUCUGAAUACUGACAUGGAAAAGCUCACCCGUCUCAUUUAUGGAUGUUUUCCGGGCUGGUCAUCCUCUCCGUGACCUUUUUACUAGAAACUCAGCGGUUAUUUUGUCUGCUGACUGAUAUUCAUUGAGGCUUUUAUGAAGUGUGUGUUCCUGCCGUUGCCCUCUCCGUCUGAUGAUGACGUCUUCAGUAUCACGUACCCUCUCGGUUCCUUCGGUCUGAAUACUUUUAUAUUUAUGCAGCACAAUCAUUUCUGUGUCUCAAAACUUUCCACUUACUUUAUUUCCUCCUCUUUCAGCCUGUUGGGGUUGUUAUUAUGGAACUUUGUGGAUAAUUGUCUGGUGCUGUGUGCCCGCAGGAUAUAAGUUUUCCCGUUUGUUACCAACGUGAGGCGGCUUUCCCCGACCGCAGCGCAGGGCCAGCACGGUCCUCACCCCUCACUCCGGUCAGCCGAGGUCAUCUCGGUCAACCAGAUUCUGACCUCUGGCUCUUUCCACAGCGAGGUUCAACCAAAAUAUUCCAGUGUGUGGGAUGAAAGCCGCCUGUAAUGAAGCUCGGAGGAGUGACACAGAUGUAGGAUGUGGGAAGAAAGUAUUUUUCUGCUGUUUAAUGAGUGUCGAAUCAUCAUGUAACCUCUCUAUCUCAUUUCACUGGACUCAUAUCUUGAAACACCUUCAAUCCAGCCUCCAAACAGCAGGAAUAAAACAUGCCAAAUCCUAUUGUGUCGAGACAUGUGAGCUAUAAAUCCCAAUAUUGCAUCAUAAGGGAAAAGUUGCUGCAGAAAUCUGCAAAAGGAGGCAGAAGUGACAUCCUCUGCUGGGAAAUCUGAAGCUUAUUAGCCUCAGUGUAAAAUAUCACUUUCAGUUUGACCACUUUUAUGGCCCUUAUGUUCAUAUUUUCCCUCUUAAGACUCCCACAUGAAAGAAAAGAGAAAUAUAAUUACAUGGAAAAUCUCCUUGAAAGGCCGUCUGGGUUCUGGCUGAUGCCAUCUCCACGGAGGUCACAUGACUGCUUGGCUUCGCUCUCUCCAGACGCUGAGAUCUCAGCAGCAGAUUGAGAGGGCACAGAGGUGCACGCUGUCUGAAGGAUAAAAUUCAGGAAGUACGGAGACAAAAUAUUUGUGACCUUUUCUCGGUAUGGGGUUUAAAUGUACAGGAACGAGCAGCAGAUGUAGCGACAGCUGGAUUUAAUCUGGAAUUUCAAAUAUUUGAGUGACCUUUGUCGUUGAUCUAAACUCUCGAUAUUUCUGUUUACUUGAACUCUUAUGCCUGGUGCAUGUCCCAGAUCCAUACAGUGUAGCUACAGUCAGCCCUACUUACUCAGGUUCCUCUGCGGGUUACAGUUUAAAGAAGUUCAGGUUCAAGUUUUAAUGGCUGACAGACAGAAAGUGGAACUCUUUAACUCUGUUUAGUUUGAUUUAUUAAAGUAUGUUCAGCUUUACAGAAGAACAAACAGACAGGUGGUAAAACCUCUUUUACACAUGCGCUUUAUUCCUAAAAAUGCUCCUGUGUGAAUGAAAACAGUCCAGUUUUUCAUCUUGAUCUUUGACUAAGUUUUCUUGAAAAAUUGUUCAAAUGUGUCGAUUAAACAAAGAGAAAAAAAAGAUACAAAACGUUUGAAAAAUGAAAAAAAAUGUUCAAAUUAAAAGUAAAUUAUUAAAACAGAAGUCCGUUUGGUUUUCUUUUUUGUAUUUCUAAAUAUUCAAUCUUGUUUUUUAAAUUAAACAAAUUCAAAUACGAAUAAACUGCUAAAAUCUUUUCUUUCUUAAUUCAGCUCAUCUUUGUAAUUGUAACACCUUUUAUACAAACAGGCUUUUUGAAGCGCCUCUCAUAAGAGCAAGAACUUAAAUGAAGCACUAAGUUGAGGACAAAAGAAAAAAUGUGAGAAAUAUAUUAAAAAAUAGUAGAAAAACAAUCGAAAGUGAUAAAUUAAUACAGUUAUAUCCAUAAAAAGUUUCAUUUUGUUUAUUUUUUGGUCUGAAGAGGUAAAAGUCCAACUUUGUAGAGGUUUAAAUAUUGAUAGAAUAUGUUUGGCUUUACCUUAACUCAACUUUACUCAUAUUUCAUCUUUCACCACAGCUUUAGAGAGAAAUGAACAGAUGGAAACACUACAAAUAGUUAAAAUAAACUACAUGUAAAAUGUUUGAAAUCAUUGCACAUGUAAGUCAUCAGUUAAAUAAGACAAAGUUAACAAUCUAUGUCCAAAGGCAGCUAUUUCAGAGGAAUAAAAAAGUACUUUCACUUGAAGAAAAGCAGGAAUGUCUCUUGAUGACCUGGACUUUAACUGAAAUGGUAAAUCUAAAUUUAAAACCAAGUCAGAGUAAAAACAACAUCCUCCCCUAAGAUGUUAAAUAACAAACCCUGCUAUAGUGGUUUAUGUAUUAACAGCAGCAGAACUCACCUUAUUUAAACCGCUGGGUUCAUUAACCUGAAGUUAGACCAGAAUCAAAAACAAACUCCAUUUAUCCAAAACUUCUCCUCAGUCAGACAGACUAUAUUUGUUCAAACCUUCUACAAUCUGAACCCGCCUGGAAGCAGAAGCCUUUAGGGGAGCUAUAGGAUAACUUAGUUCAGAUGCGGCCAUGUUGUUGACAGGCCUGUUGAUUUUGUUUAUUCUAACCUCGUAUCGCAAACACCACUAAUAGCAGCUCUGCUCUCAGGCAGCAUCUAUAUCCAGGCAGAGGCCACUAAUCAGUCAGUCAGCUGUCCGAACGCUGAUUAUAUGUGAGGUAAUGGAGUCACGCAGCAUCUGUCUCGCCACACUGACCGUGCCGGGUUACACUUUUAGCUCAGACACAUCAGAGAAAUCCUGAACAGCGGAAUUUAGAGGAUUUAUCUGUCAGGGUUUGGAAACAUAACAGUUAAAGUUGAUAGCAGUCGCUUUCUCUCGGAUGCCUGCUCACACUCAUGGUACCAGGGCCCGCUUGGUCAGAGGGUUUAAACUGGACAAGAAGGAUCCAGAUUUGGAAAUCCAUCUCUUUCUAUUCUGGAUCAAGACAUCAAGAUAACUUUAGACAUAGGAAAGUGGACUAAAAAAACAAAACACAUGUUUGUGUACAAAACACAUGAUGUCCAUGUCACGUCAUAUGAUUCACAUCCUAAAAAUUAUAUCUAAUAUCAUAUGAUACAAAAAUCCUAUCGAAUCAUAUAUCAUAUCAUAUCUCAUAAAUUAUCCUAUCAUAACAUUUUGCAUCAUAUUUUUUCAUUUAUCAUAUCAUAUCAGAUCAUAUAUCAUAUCAUAUCAUAUCACACAUAUACCAUGUCGUAUCAUCUAUCAUAUUUUGUCAUCUAUCUUAUCACACACAUGUCAUAUCAUGUCAUAUCAUAUCAUAUCAUAUCUGUAUCAUGUAUCAUAUCCUAUCAUAUCAUAUCAUAAAUCAUACUAUUCUAUAUCAUUUUUUGUUACAUGUCAUAUCUUAUCAUAUACCAGAUUUUGUUAUAUAUCAUACAAUAUAUAUCAUAUAUUUCAUAUUAUACAUAUAUCAUAUCAUAAUAUAUCCAAUAUACCAUAUCAUAUAGUAGCAUAUCAUAUAUCAUAUUUUGUCUUGUAUCAUAUAACACAUAUCAUAUCAUAUGUCACACAUAUAUCAUAUCAUAUCCUGUCAUUCAUCAUAAUUUGUCAUAUAUCAUAUGACACUCUUAUCAUAUCAUUUCAUAUCAUACAUAUAUCAUGUAUCAUAUUCUCUCAUAUCAUAUAUCAUCAUUUUUUUAUCAUGUUUUGUAAUGUAUCAUAUUAUAUCUUAUCAUAUAUCAGACUUUGUUGUAUUUCAUAUAAUAUUACACUUAUCAUAUCAUAUCAUAUCAUAUAUCAUAUAUCAUCAUUUCUAUCAUGUUUUGUUAAAUAUCAUAUUAUAUCAUAACUUAUCAUAGGGUAUUGUGAGUCUUGUGUUUUGUCUCAGUCUGUCUCACAGCCUCAUCUCUGUAUCAUACUUUUCUCACACCUCACUUCUUCCUCUCUUUAUUCGCUGCCGUGUCCGCACGCCUCCUCCUGCUCUGCAGACAGCAGCGGUUGUUCAGACAAACAGAUGUGCUCAGCACUUCGCUUGUCCUCCGUCCCCGAGGACACCCAGCUGAUGUGGAUGUUAUUGUUUUAAGAGGAGCUGCUCUUGUCUGUGUGGCAGAGUGGAGGGGUUGGGGGGGGAUUAACCUGCCCCCCAGGCUCCAUAAAUCUUUACAGUGACGGCAGGUUCCUGGCCUGGUGCAGGGUGCAGGGCUGACUAAAGAAUCCGGGUCCCCCUCUUGGUUAUGUCGGUGUGGUUUGGCCAGGAUGUAGAGGGGUCUCGCUCUCGGCAGCAAAACAGAGCGAGAGAGGCCUCAUGGGAAGAAGAGAUAACAUCAACAGUGAUCUACAGGUCACCAUGCUUUCACUCUCUGUCUGCUGAGUGUGCGAUGAAAGAGAGAGGGAUUGAAGCUAGACUCAACAGAGGUUUAAUGUCCGCGGGGUCUGUGCGUACAGAGUGUACAGAGCGUAGAGAAAGAAGAGCAUGUACAGAUCAUGAGGAGGGUCGGCAGAGGCCAAAGUCCGGCUGUCUGCUGCCCUCGUGUGCCCCUCUCACUGUAUGGAGUAACUUCCCCUCUGUCAAAGUGUUGAUGGACGAGGAGGUUUCCACUGCUGACUCUGCAAAUGACAAAACUCAACUGAUUGGACGGAUGAGGUGUAAAGAUGGAUGAUGAUCAGUGGUGGUGACUCAUGUACCUUACAUUUGUACAAACACCUAUUAAUUUAGACAUCGGCCGAUAUCUGAUACUGAUCCAGUACUACUGUUGAAUGAGUGAACUGUAUACUUUGCCCUGUGACUGAAGGCAUCAGGCUUGACAAAAAAAGGUAACAAAUUAACACAGAUAUAAAUUUACCAUAUAUUAUUUAUUAAGAAUAACAAAUUGCACAUUAACACAGAGCAAAAAGAAGCAAGAUUUCCACGUAAACAUUUAGUGCAAAAGGAUAGAAAGACAUAGAAUAGAGAGUGAACAGAAUGGCUGUGUUGCUGUGUAUGAUAUGGAUCGGAACGCUGGAUCGGCGUCAUUCAUCAGGUAUCCGAUCCAGUUAAUUUGUCAAUAUCGGAGCUGAUAUUCGAUCCAAAUAUUUGAUCUUGCAUCCCUAAUAGUUAUGGAUAAAAACUUCAAUUUUUGCCUGCUCUGAUCUGCUAGAUGCCCCUAAAUACUACAGACUGUACCUUUUAAGACGUCUCAUAGAUCUACAGCUCUGGAUAUCAGUGUGUGAUGGUCAGCAGAGAUGGGAUCAUGAUUAAUCCAAACAGAGUGUCAAUAUAAUGAAGUCUGAAAGAAAAAGCCACUUUCCAUCACGCUUUGCGAUCUAUACUUAGUUUUUACUGGUGUUUGUGGGAGCUGUAAGUGGGCCUGACCGGGGUGAGUGUGUUUGGUUUAGAGUGUGUGACUGAGCUGUGUGGACAGCAUGAAGUAUGGCAGCAGCGGAGGGGAGUCGGCCCACCGUCCCACUGAGUCCACUGCUCACUGUUUGGGUUGGCAUCCCAUCCAAGAGCCCGCCAAUCCAAACACUGGAGGGCCGUUCACACGCCAUUACCCCUGUGAUUGACAGGUCGGCCCACCACUCAGAGGUUCUGCUCGGGGUUUUUGUUUGUGCCAGGAUUUUGUCGCUGAGGGUGAUGAUCAGGCAGCAGAUUGAUGAAACGGUUUCAUACAGUUCUGGUUGUUUUAAAGAGUCAGUUGAGAUCUCCUUUAAUGCCGACUAUGUUUCUUUUUCACCGCUCCUACUUUCUUUUUAUGGUAAACUGAUCAGGCGACUCUUUGAUAACUAUCGGCCCUUACAGCGAGCUCGUACUCGAGUGAAUUUAUGGAGCUCGGUAGGACUUUGGUUCUUGGGUUUAUAUGACUCUGGUUAUGUAAGCACUCUCCUGACAGGCUUGAAGUGGAUGUAAACAGACUGUUAAAGCCGAGCUCAGUCACAUUACAUGACUGAUUAUGACUUAUAGGCCCUGAUUAUGUGUCGUGAUAUAAUUCAACUGUAACCUGAAAGUGAAAGAUUACAUCACCUUGUUGCUGUUAGAGCUCGUCUCACAGCAUGGAGUUCAGGUCGUAGAUGCGGGGUCAUUAGAGGAGGAUAUUGAAGGUAAUGUGACAUUAUAAACUGGGUCAUGACAGAGCGUUUUAAGCUGUAUUUUCAUGCUUUCACACGGGCCACAGACUGGAGUAAAAUGCAGCAUCUUUACAUAACAGUUUAGCCAAAUCACUCCCUAAUUUGUCCUCACUUUUUUCAAGGGAAUAGUUGAUGUGAAUGUUGUUUAAUUGCACUUAUCCUCUCAGAAAACAUGGCCUGUACUCUCUGUAUGUGGAGUUCAUCAUCUUGGCUGAAUAAGCCUCCACGUGUCUCUUAAUUUGAGGGUUUCAAAGAGGUGUGGUGUUGUGUUUUGCAUAAUAAACAGAAAAACCUUGCAUGCUAACCAGCUUACUCUAUUAAAGCAGCUCUUUGGGAUCAAGCCAGUCAGUUUUAUCACCAAAUUACUCACUAUUCACCAAGAAUAAAGCUUUGAGUUCCCUGAACAACCCCAAUUAAUCUUACAAAUAAAGAAAAAAUCGGAUAGGCAGUAUAAUUUCCUUUCAUGAAGACAAUUACAAACUGUUUUCACAGGCAAUAGCUUUAGAUGUGAUUUUUCUUAGCUCAUGCAGUGACUUCCACCACAGAGUCAUUUCUGCUUCAGAAAUCCUGACCAUCUUUUAUUGGUUUUUGACGUCAUCUCCUUUGUGCAGAGAUUUCUAAUGAUAUAAAACUAUAAACCGUAGAUGAUAUAAUCCCCACAUUUCUUGCAGUUUUACACUCUGGAACUUUACUCUGAAACUGUUGAACUAUUUGCUCACACAGUCUCUCACAGAGUGGACAGACUUUGUCCACCUUUGCUCCUUGAGACUCAACCUCUCUUUAUUUAUGCCAUUUUUAUUCUCAGUCAUGUUACUAACAUGUUGAAAAUUAACCUCAUUAUUUCAGAUAUGUUCUUUUAGGUGUUCUUACUGCAUUAUACAAGUUUUUCCGAGUUUUAUUGUCCCUGUCCCAACUUUUCCGAAGGACGUCACCAAUAUCAAAUUUAAACUCUAUAUAUUUAUUCUUAUGAAACAAUCAAAAUGUCCAGUUUCAACAUUUUACAUGUUGUCUAUACUCUAUUCAAAGUCGCCUAGAGGCUUUAAGUGGUUAUUUAACCAUCAAAAUGUGAGUAUCCAACCUUUGUAGAACCAGUAUUGUGAGCUAGUUUGUGACAAAUGCUGCUACAAGUCUUGCAGCAUAUUCCUAAUCCCAACAAACAGAGUUCCUACAGAAGUAUGGAAAAAUAUUUAAAUAAUUUGAUAAAUUUCCAGGUCUUAAAAAGUAUGAAAAAUGAAAAAUAUUGAAUGGAAAAAUAUCUAUGUUUCCAGACUAUUACCACAUUUCUAAAAUACUGUUUUCUAAAAUAGAAAAAUAGGUAUUUCCAAAAAGAAUUCUAAUAAGUAGGGUAUGGAAAAGUAUGUGUAGGAACCCUGAACAAAAAAUAAGCUAACACUCUAGAUCUGGCUAAAUAACAAAAUGCUGAGUCAUGCUAGUUAGCAUCACAAAGAAACUGAAUUUCCUUUUAUUUUGCCUCGGAAAGUAGCUUGAAUAUCAACAAUUAUUAUAAAACUAGUCAAAUGUAAACAAAGUAGGCAAGGUAAUGGCUUGAAAUGUUUUAGUGUUCAUAUUAGAAAAGCAACUUAUUCAGGCGCUGUUGACAUUAGGGUUUAAAUGCACCUUUAGCGUACUGAGGCUAACUUGUUGCAGGGGUCGCUAAUUUGACUCCCGGCAACAACCCUUUAACAAAAUUUUACAAAAAAAUGACAUAAAAAAAGCAAAAUAUUUACCUAAAAUGUGAUUCUCCUCUUCGUUCUCUCAUUACUUGCAGGUUAGCUCGCCUCCGCCAAAAAAAAAAAAAAAGAGGGAUUUAAGUGAGUCGUCCAAUACCAGCGUCUUUAGAAAGUGAUCCUACAGAGUUGUGUUUCUACAUCAUUCUUGUCCAAUAACAAUAACUCUCUCAGUAGGUGGACUUUCAUUUAUGUAAACAGAGUUUUAGGUUUUAAACAAACAAAUAAUGCUGUCAUGUCGUAGUGAGAAAAACCUCGUAAAAGCAGCCGUAUAAAUGUCCGUCACCUGAUUAGCGAGCACUCAUCCUUGUUAUUCCUGAGAAAGCGUGAGUUGAGGCUCGCUGGAGGCCUGAUGGAAGUGCCGUCCUCAGCAUUUCCCCGCUCUGGAUGGGAACGCGGACUCUGUGGCAUUGGUUCUCACCAUUAACGGGGUUUCCCUCCUGAAUAGGCCCUGCCAAACUAUGCAGCGUCCCGCCGAGUGCAGAGAUGAGGACAUGGGCUUGCAGUGAAGCCUAGCCGUUCUUACUUCCUAUCAGUGACAAGCGGCAUCAAUCUUGGCCUCCCUCAGUCCUGGACCCUGCCAAGCGCCAUUCCAGCGAGGAGCGAAAAAAGGGAAACGACUCGGGGCUGCUGGAAUUAAACAAAGGCUGGAUUAUCCUCUGAAUAUGUCUCUUAGCGGGACUGUUCAUCUCUGUAUCCCCCGCGGUUCAGAGAGGAAGAGAUGUCAUAAUUUUUCUGUUUAACUGCCGUCGAUGCCAUAAGUCUUCUUCUCCCCCCUCACCGUUUGCCUUUGGAGGGCAAAUAAAGCUGGAAAUAAAAUCUAUUCUCGUUAAACUCAAUUCGACAAAUGCCAUCGGACAUUUAACGUGACACUCCUGAAAAAAAAACCUCUGACAGUUUGUCUCCAACACCUGCAGAAACUCAGCAAUAUCCUUGUUAAAUAACCGAGGUGCAGAGUGUUGUUCAGGAGCACGCUUACGCUGAGCUUUUUGGGGUUUCCCUGCACACUUCAGGGAUUCCUCUUCAGCUUCACUCAGAGGAAACAAGUCUGGACAGGCCGUGGUGAUCUGCUGCUCUUGUUGCGCUCACCCUCAGGUCUCUGCUGUGUAUUUGUUCAGGUGUAACAGACCCUCAACCCGUUUGGUUUUACAACUGAUGGGUCUUUUGAGUGAUUUUGCUGCAGAAUUGCUCUUAACACGCGGCGCUCCUCAGGAUACUAUCUGCUUUAAUUGCUCUGGAGUCUUUCCAGCGGCCCCACAGAUAAUCUACUGUGAAUAUUUUAUGUAGAGAUUGUGGUAAAAACAGGGCUGUUUCUUCAGCUGCUUGGCUGACACCUACCCCCUCCUACAGGUUUCCUCACUGGAGCUUUAAGGCAUCCUUGUGUUUUGGGAUUGCAACAGACUGGAGAAAUUUAACUGGCAUAAACUACUCAACAUUGCUCAGAGGGUAGAGGAGAGGAGAGGAACUAAACUCAGACCUGACAGCUCACGGUGUUCAAGAAUGCACACUCACAGCGUCUGGUACUGAAGUCUAUUCAUUGGUGCUGCGAUUAACUCAUGCACACACGUGUUGGUUUCUUUUCCUUCACUCUGCACCUUCUGCUUCCUCUGCUGCAUGCACCCGCUCACAAUUCACUCACUCUCUAAGUAAUCACUGCAAAGAAGACCUCCUUUUGUGCAUUAAAACUGCUUUAUUCUGCUUACAUUUGGAGGUAAAGGAUAGUUUAGCAUCUCUGAAAAUGUGCAUUUUUGUUUUUUGCGGUAUGGUGGAGGAAGGUUAGGGUUCGGGGAAUCACUUUUUAGUAAAUAUAGCUGAAAAAAAACAACAUUCAGAUGAUGGUCCAGUAACAAGGACAGAGUGAGUCAUCUUAAGGUUGCAGAAUCAGUCUCCAGUGCUUAUAAAGUUCACUAUCUCGUUUAUGAAAGAGGAUUUUACCUGCAUUUGCACUCUUCAGGAGUUCCAAUUUGGUUACUUUUUCCAUAUACAGAUCCUUCAUGCAUGAAAAUAUCAUAGAAGGCAUACGUAUUUGCAACAUGCCAACCAGGGGUCAGAAUUAAACAACAAUGCUCUGCUGGCUUUUGUAAAGCGUUUGCAUCAGUCUGACUCGCUUCACCUGUACGCUUUACUCAUAGGUUGUAACCCAAACUUGACAGCUGAGCAGUCUGGGAGCUUUUAAGAGAACAGUAAUGGCAGCAGGAGUGUUAGUUAAACUACGGUGUUCCAAAAGGGACAAAAAGGCAUGAGAAAAAGAAAUGAAUACAUCUAUUUAGGGUCACAUUCAUUGGCGAUUGGCGCCUCAACACUGACAGCCCUAAUGAGGGCAAUUAUCUGGUAUAAAUAUAUAAAUCAUGAUUCUACGAUAUUGCCGAUUUUCUCGAUCUAUAGUUUGCAUUUUUUACACCAGAGAAACAGUUGAAUGAUUAUGAUUGUCUGCUGACUAUUCCAAGAACCAUAUUUCCCCAAAAAUACAAAUCACAUGUAAGUCAGUUUUUAAGAUUUAUUCUUAAAUUUAGGUAAAAAAAAACAAUUUUUGAAAAUAAAAAUCGAUUUAAAAAUUAUACAACAAAAAAUUCCGAUACUUAUGUGAAUUGAUUUUUUCUCCCACCCCUAAUAAAUACCUGUGUUUGUUCAUAUCUCAAUAUUUAUUUUAGAAUAAAAGAUUAUUAAAUAACAUCCUCUUUCUGAUAUUGUGCAGCCCUGAUAUAUUUGUCAUGCCAGAGUGCAAACAAGCUUCUGCCCAAAUAUGUGAAACUACUUAUUUUAUAUGGGAAGAUAUUUGGACUGAUGUGACCAGUAAAGAUGUUUGGAUAAACUUAAAAAAGCAUCAAGCCAAAAAUCUGGAUUUGUGUCUAUAUUGGAAGUAAAACUCCUUCUCUGAGUCCUUAUAUUACAGCCUCUCAAACACCUAAAUACGACCGCAUUCAUUUUAUAGUUUUAACUCGACUUUAAUUGUUUGAUAAUUGAUCCCUCAAUCACACAUCAAGGCCGCCUCAUAAAACUCGACCCCUCUUUCAAUAACUCCAGCUCCCUUUUAUCGUAAAUAAUACAUGUCACUCUACAUGGUCUAUACGGGCUUUGUGGUUCGGCGAUAUUUGAAGGUUACUGUUCUCUGUUGUACGGCUGCAGAAGCCAAAGUGGACGAGAGGUGCCAAAAAGCACAGACCAGACGGGGUGGUCCGGAAAGCGGCCCGGAGAUCCAGUGAAACUUAACAAGCAUGUUCCCUUUGGAUGUAAAAAUGAAGUGUAACACAGAUAUUAAUGUAGCAAGUAUCACAACACAGCGGAGGAAUGUAAACUAGAGCGCUGGGACACCAAGCUGGACGCUAACCAGCUGCAGCCCAGGACCCCCUCAGUCAUAAUAACCUGAACCCACCUCCCCAAACUGGAUGGCCGGCUAAACUCAAGGCUCAGCUUUUCAUCACGGCCGUCCAGGAGCGAGGCCGGAUCGACUCCUUCUGGGUGUAAAAGUAUCUGGUUUCUUAUCUUGGGAGGACUCAGGUUGAUUUUUGAGAUAAAUCACCGCUAAAGACAGCCGAGUGUGCGCGAGGGUUCAAGGCCCGGGUGUGAAUCUCAUGAAAGUUGCAUGGCUGCUGGAGGACAUUAAUGAGCAGGUGGAGAACCUGAUCGGCUCCUCUGAGAUUUGGACUCUCUGGCAUCAGUAUGAGCUGAAUCUGUGUGUGUGUGUUUUCUCUUCACAGAGGUGUCCUUCAUCUGGGCCGCUCACCAGGUUCACCACAGUUCAGAGCACUACAACCUCACCACGGCGCUCAGACAGUCCCUCACACAGCAGUUCACUUCAUGGGUAAGAUACCGCUUUCUAAUAAACCGCUGAGCCUCCUCACCCUCCUCAGGAUUAAUGACUUUUCUUUGCCCAAAAAGCUGUUAAAAUCACACCAGUAAACCCAUCAUCCAACAUUUCUCCCAAUUAAAACGGUUUAUCUCGCGCCAAUCCCACAUUUACUCGGUCAUUUAACGACCUGCUGCCGGGAAUAGUUUGCCAAAUCAUCAGCUAAAUUAAGUCCAAAACAAACAGUCCGUUUAUUCUUUCUGUUGUUUGGUAGAAAACUGGAUCACAAAGCCGGUUUUUGGAUUUCGGUUCCUUGGUCUUGUGAGGGCGGGAUCUCAUGUGGUCCAGAAAACCUAGAAAUUAAGAGAUGCAUUGUGCCAUCAUGAAACAAAGCAAGAAAAUUAGCAGAAUUACCAACAAUUAAGAGGAAAAUCUGGACCUGUCAGUAAUACCUAUGAGCCAAAGGAACUGUUGAAAACUGAAAAUACAAAUCCAAUGAAUCAGACACUGUUUUUAUGUUCUACACUCACAUAAUUUAAUACUUUUUCUUGAAAAUCUUAAAUUUGUAAAGUUUUCAAACGUGGACGCAUCAUAUGAGUUUUUUGGUUUUCUCUGGUAAACAGUUUUUAAACACCUUUCUGAUCUGCAUCUCAACACUUGCUGUUUUCUUGAUUGUAACCCAGAAAAUUGUCAAAACAUCUUUGCUGCAUUGACAACUUUUCAACUGAGUUAAAAAUUGUGUUAGCUUCUCCUGGAACAGUGAAAAACACAAAAGUGAUGCUGUAUUUACUCUCUCUGUCUUUCAGCACGUUGCCAUUUUAUUUUUUUACUCAGCAUACCACCACUUAGUCUAGCCUUGUUAAUAAGUAACUGAAGCAGCCUUUAUUGAUAGUUUUCAUUAGAUGAAAAUAUCCUGUUGGAAUAGUAAGCCUAAAAAAUCCCUUUAAUCAUCUAAUUACAUAUUAUGGACUGCUACAUUCAAACAUUUAUAAGAGUUGUUCCGAUUCCAAUUCCAGUAUUAAAAAUUACUCAGAUUUUCCCCAAAAUGCUGGCAUUGGUAGCGACGAGUACUGGAGUCCAGGCACCGAUCCAGUAACGUGAUUUAUUGAAUUAGUAAUUUAUUUACAGGUUAGCUCCGUCAGCUCUGACACAGUUCUUCUUCGCCGAUUAAAAUGGCAUGGAUCAUGGAGCCUGUUGACACAGUUAAGAAGGCUAAGCUAAGUAGCAGCUAAUUAGCGUUAGCAUCAUGUCGUGUUGCAGUAUUUCAUGCUGGAUGCUUCCACCAGUAAGACUGCGACAUGCAACAUAUGCCAAGAAAAUAUUUCGAGGGGUGGCAGGAGUGUUGCUACUUUCAACACCAGCAACUUAAUUAAACGCCUGAAGACGCGUCACGCUAAUGAGCACAAUCGGUACUUGGUAUCGGCCGAUACCCACAGCACAAGUAUCGGAAUCGGUAUUGGGAGGGAAAAAUUGGUAUCAUAACAUCUCUACCACCAAUGCUAACUUUUGGAUUAGACUUUCCCAUUUUGUUUCUAUUUGGACUUCUCCUUCUCAGAUGUCUACUUUUCCACCUGUCUGCAAACGCCAGAAAGUUAGCGGUUAGCGAACAUGUUCAGACUGUUGAAAAAACUUGAUGUGUCCCUUUUUAUGACGCAUAUUAAAAGCACUUUGAUAUGAACAGAUUCACUAAAGUUUUCAAACCAGGAAAGUAAAAGCGUCCUGCUCUCUCCUCAGAUUUUCUACGUGCCUCUGGCUCUGGUCGCUCCCCCCUCCAUCUUCGCCGUCCACAUCCAGCUGAACCUCCUGUACCAGUUCUGGAUCCACACUGAGGUAAACACUUCAAAACACCGUAAAAUUUAGCUGCGCUCUCUUAAAAACCGUGAUCCGACCGAAUAAAGUGAUCAUAGUCCCUGUGCUGAUACUAAUCCGUCUGCUAAGAGCGGACUUUGUGGACGCUGUGCUGCGGUGGAACCUGUGUUCAAUAAAAAAUAAUGAGAUUUUAUGAAAUAUUCCAAACAGAAGCAUGACCACUCUGCCUUUAAAGCGACUGGGAGUAUCACUUUUACAGUCUUCAGAGGGAAUGAAUGGAUUUGAGACGCCUUCCAUCUUUAAGUGCACUAUUAGUGAAAACAGUCGUAAUAGUCACCAUUCUCUGAGCGGAUGUAAUUUAUGCCUCCUUUAUGACCGUUUCUUUUUUUAAGUCACGUAAUUUAUUGGCACCCUGUUCGCCGCGGCCGAGCCCGAGAGUGAAGUGGUGGAGACCCUUUUCAUUCAGGAUGAAACUCUCACGCUCGACUGCCAGACGCAGCCAUUACAUGGAAAUAAUGAAUCACGGAGAGAUUCUGACCAGCGGCGCACAUUUCUGCAGACGGAGAGGUCUGCUGUAGUAAUGUGAAACAUCAGAGAUAUCACAGGUUUGGUGUUAGAAAGAGAAACAUGAACCCUGGGAAAUAUAAUCUGUAAUCUGUAAAGGCGCUCUUACGGAUCUGCUUUAUAUUUAAGAAGAGAAAAUGGUGCGAGUCUGAGUGCUCUUUGGGGAAAAUGUUCUCAAGAUGCAUUUGUGGCCUUGAACUAAAAGGUUUUUAUUAAAUAUAACAUCUCUGUCUUUUGUGCUGUUUUCUCAGCCUCAGUGGUUGCUGUGUUAACAGUCUGUAAAAAGCUGCUCGAUUAACAGACUUACUGAAAACUGUUCGCUUCAUCAUUUAAUCUUGAGCGAGCUUCUAAAACAAAAAAGGAAACCAACGAGAACAGCAACAUUAAGAAAAAUGUGAAAAUGGAAAUGAAAACCUUUGUCACCUGAUAACUUCAGAGUCUCAUAAUGAAUCCUUUCGAUAUCAGGAAGAAACUUUGUUUUUCUGUCCAGUCAGCGGGUUUUAAAGACGUCAAAGUCGUUACUUUAACUUUCAGGUGGGGAAACUCUAUGAGUGACAUGAGAAGACUCAUUGUAUACAAGUCUAUGAGAAAAGACCCUAUUUCUUUCUCCCUUUUCAUUUUUAUUUUAACAAAUUUACAGCCUCAAAGUCUCAUUUUUGAAUAUUUAAUAUGGCAUGUUGCUUGAUUUGAAUUAUGGUCCAGUGGCCCAAUGAUCAAGGUAACCCUCAAACUUAGGUUUUCUGUAAAUGAAAAGCUUCUUCAGAUGUGUCCACUUAAUAUUUUUGCUCAUUAAUUUUGUUUCAACAACUUUUUUUUCCAUCUUGGUUUCAGAUGAUCAAAGAUCUUGGACCUCUGGAGUGGAUCUUCAACACCCCAAAACAUCACAGAGUUCAUCACGGUGAGAAGAAGCUCUGAGUCUAAUUCUUUCAGAUUGAUUACGUCUGCUUGUAGCACUAAAAACUGCACGAUUUGCUCCCGCUCUUUGCUCUGUCUUGAGGUCUAUUCCAAAAAGCUAGUAGCAAUGAUGAUAUCCAAGUGCAAAAACACCUGCAAAAUUCUGCAGCUCUGCACAGUUUGCUCCAGUUUUGAGUUUUACUGUGGUUAAAAUGAGCUGUGUGCAUCUCCAUGCUCUGCUGCAAAGAGCUGCACUGCGCACUCUAAUCCUGACGACACACAACAUAAACAACAUAAACCAACAUCAAGAGCUGGAUGGAGAGAGAGAGUCCUGAUCAUUUCAGGUUUUAGGUAUUCCAGACAUGGAGUUGUUUUCUAUGGCCACUUAAGAGUUUGUGCACGACUGACUGAACAUCCUCUUGGUGUUAAAUAAACUAACUUAGUUCAAAUAUGUCAGCUGACUAAACUCAUGUCUGCAGGGAGGAACCUUUACUGCAUCGACAAGAACUAUGGAGGAAUUCUGAUCAUAUGGGACCGACUGUUUGGUAAGCACGUAUUAUUUUAAAUUCAGAGAGUGUGAAUGUUGAUUUGCAAUCAGCAGAUUCCAAUAUCUGAACUUUCUGGUGCUGACUAGAAAAACACAAUUGGACAAUUUGCGAUAUGUGAAUUUGUCGUAUUGAAGAAAUUAUGGAAGACAAUUUUGAAGCAGCGAAGGAUUAAUGAUUGCAGGUGAACCUAGUGCUUCUCCUGUUUCCUGAAGCACAAACUGAUACAAGCAUGAGAAAGAUGCCCAUCUACGUAAGCCCCGCCCCCUGCAUGCUCUGAGUGAGUUAAUCAGGGGUGGGAGGGGCUUCAGAGUUAGAGUUAGAAUAUCAGAAAAUAACUGCAUUUUUCUGCCCAGAUUCCCAAAAAAACAGAAAACACUGGCGGCCUGUACAGAACAUAUAAUAAUGUUUUCCAAAUCCCCCAUGCAGAUGUUUAUAAAUGAGAAAAUAAAACAUACAGCUUUGCUAUUUACUUAUAGAAACAUAAAUUAUUCAGUCAUAGAAUCUUAAACCAAACUAAACCAUGAAACGUGCGAUCUACUGCAACCAAAAUAAUAAAUAAGUAAAACAAAAUAAAUGACCGUCAGUGAAACAAUGAAGUCUGUGGUGUGUGAAAAAGGUUUCAGUGGCAGUUAUUACACAGACUGUCUACAGAGCAGCAAACAGAGAGAGAAAGAGUGUCAAACAAAUCUUCUCUAGGAGGACAAGUAUUUAUUUAUGCUGUUAUUACUGACGGUCAAACACCGAGAGCUCUAUGGUAUUCAUAUUAUACAUAUGUUUAUGUUUUACAAAGACUCCAGCCAACCUAAAUAUCAGCAUUCAUACAGGGUUAGGGCGCACACAGCUGUUCAAAAUCAUCAUCAUAUAUGUCUAUUUUUUAAUCACGCAGAAGGUAAAACUGAUAUCAAAUGAUUUAAAAACUUUUUCGAUUACCAAUAAAAAGUUCUCAAACAGUCUGUGUCAUCCUCAGGCACCUUUGCUGAGGAGAAAGAAAAAGUGGUCUUCGGCCUGGUGUUCCCCAUCAACACCUUUGAAAUCCUCUACGUUCAGGUGAGUCUUAUCUCCCAUCAGUGAUGUGUCUACCACCGAGCGGCUCGACACCGCCCGUCUGAGCAGAAACACCUUCAGCAGAUGAAGUCUGGGCUCGUGUUUCCCCCUCUGCCUGAGCCACCAAAACAUUAUUACUUUACUCCAAACAAACUGCCUGACAGAGGUGACGGAGGCCGGGGAAGUGAAACACCAGGAGGCGGGUGUUGUGAUUGUUUUUGCUGCCUUCACUUUUUGUAGAAUGAGGCCUGAGUGAUGUUCUGCUAAAGUUAGUUAACACAGCUUCUCUCUUGUCUGUUAAUGUUUAAUUUAUAUAUGUUUUUAUUCUUCUCUCUUUUAGUUGCACUACUUCUUCUAUUUGUGGGGAAGAUCUCAAACCUACACGACUUUGGCUGAUAAAGUGUCAACGUUCCUCAAUGGACCAAGUUGGCAACCUGGUAAAGGUCGGCUCGGGGACCACGUGGACAAUCCUCCGGUUAGUAUAAAAUAAAUGUCUAGAAAAGAUACGAUCAUGUGAAGCUUCAUAUACAAGUCAAUCCUGGAGUCCUUUUUACCUCUGAAGAAGUGGGAUAGUUGUGAAACUGGGGUUUAGUUCAGUGUCAGUACCACUUAUCUGUAAAUCGAGUACGACCCUUAUAACUGAGGCCAGACUAGAUUUGGUCAUCAAAAAGUCUUUUUCUCAAAACUGGCCUUUAAAGGAGGGUCAGUUUACAUCAAGGGUGUCCUAUAUUAAAGUCAUUACGGUAAAUAGAAGCACCUGUUUCUUUAAACGCCACAAACUGCUCUCUCUGGUGGCUCAGAUGAAACAGUAUGACCGGGAUACCAUCAGGCAGUAAAGCAUUUGUAAGGUUUAAAACAAAAAUCUCUAAUGUACAUGAUUUUAUCUGAAAAAGAAAAGCAAACCCAAAUCUCAAGACAGAGAUGAAAGCAAAAUUUAACUGAAAAUAUUAAUGAAACAGACACUUAAAUAAAAAAAAUAUUCAUCACCUUUUAAGGACUGUGAUAUUUGUAAUAAGCGCACAGGUCAGCUGGUUGAAGAUAGAGACUCUGAUUGGUCAAAAGACCAAAACAAAGAUUAAAGGUUUGUCUAGCAUAUUCAGCUAACAGCAGAUAUCAUACUAUUGAAAUCAAAGACUUUUUCAUAUAUCAGCCCCUGAGUUCAUCACUUGGAAACCGUCGGUCUCACGAAGCUAGUGGAUUUUACAGGAGGUCCUUCUAGAUUUACAGCUUAUAUUAGGAAAACAAUAAUUACCCACUGAGCAUUUUUUGGUGUAAAAGAGGUCUAAUAGACAUCUAAAUGUAGCCUAGACGACUGGUCUAAAAUCAGGCUACCACAGGUCUAAAAAUGAGAGUUUUUUUAGACGUCUAAAUUUAGACCACGUCUAAAUCUGGGCUACUACACUCUAUAUUGCUCAUUCAAUUAUUUUGGUUAAAUACUUGGAGAUCUGUUAUGCAACUCAUAGUUGCUUUUUAGAUAAAUAGUUAUCUAAUAAUGGGUUAAAGUGAAACGGCUAAAUUCUGUCUAAAAAUAUACAGAAUCUAGACGGUUGAAAUGAGGUCUAAAAAAAAAACUAAUAGCCGCCUGUUGCUCAGUGGGAACAUGUCGUUAAUUAAGCAUCAAUCCUUUUAAUUACUGAACCCUGAACAAAAGACGACCCAAGUUUUUCAGAUAUACAGUAUUUUGAGAAAAAAACAUCCUUGUCUUAUAUUUGGGCCAAUAUGGUAGUUAGUCAAGUCAUCAUAACCAAAAAUAAGUAAACAAACAUGAAGAAUACAACAGCUGUUUAAGUAAGAGGGACAAAACUGAGCUGAUCUCAACACUGUACGUUGAGUGACGUUGUUGUAUGGGCCUUUAGGCUGAGUCGCCGUGUGGUCUCCUCUGAUUGGUUAAUAGUUAUGUAGCAGCUGUGCACCAAUCAGGCUUCUCAAAAUAAGCUGCAUGUUUUCAAGACACAGGUCACAGACAUGCAAACUCACUAAAGAGAAAUAAAGGCCUGUCGUGAUUUAGAUCAGAAUAAGUUGAUCAGGUGAAGUAAAUAAAAGCUAGUUUCAUAGUGAAGUUGUGUUUUUAACUCAAAAAUAACAAAAAAAUACAACAUAUGAGUUACAAACACACAUAAAAAUAAGUACAAGUGAAGUAAAUAUAUCAAAGACAUGACAAGGAGUGGCAUAUUCUCACAAAGACGCCCUCAGGGUUCAUUAUCCUUCACUCUGACAUGCGAAACACAGACCUAAAUGACUCAGAGCAUUCCUGAUUGAAGGAUUCACAUUUUCUGCAACUUUUACAAGGAACUGCCACAUCAAAUAAAAGCUUUGUAGAGGGAACACAAUAAGUUCAUUUUCACCGUCUUUAAAGGCCGUCUGCGGGAUGAAAACCACAUGCACAUUUAAAGUGUGAAUGUGCAUGUGUGUGUGUGUGCAGAAAGAAACCCAGGCUCCAGUUGGUUAGCUUUGAAAGAACGCUGAUGGUGUCACAUUUUUAGUUCCUUUGUAUUUCACUCUUAAAAAAAAAAAAGACGAAGAAAUAACUCCACUUCGACUUUACAAUGAAAUCUGCUCCUUAAACCCAGUAGGGGGGGGUUUAAAAGCAGCCGGAGCUCGAGUCUAACUGAGGAGUCCUGGAGUGAAUCGAGUCGAAGUCAGCUUGUUGAUUUCUGUUAGUGAGGGAGGAGAAACGAGGAGAAGACAGGACUCAAAGUGAGAAACUACAGAGCAAAUACCUUCAGCACUGGAGGAUGGGAUUUGAGGGGGGAACCCAUAUGUGGUGAUUCAGUUGCUCGGGAUCCUGGGAAACCCCCUAAAUGAGACGCAGGCAUCUGUGAUUGGCCAGUUUUUCUCCCAAAAAGGAUGCUGUUUCAACAUGAAGCCCUGAGGCCUGAUUACUUAUUAAUAAGAAGCACAAAAACAGGUCAAAUGACUCAGGGAAUUCUUACAGAAGGACUCAUAUGUUCCUCUGUGUUAUGAGGAAACCACUACACCCAAUAAACCCUGGAGGACUCUUCGCUGGAACACAACAAACUUGGUUUUAAACGACUGUAUUUUGUGCGAAAGAAAACAGGAACCAUCUCCACUUUUUGUUAGAAGAAACAACAAAAAUCUACAAGAAAUGCUGGUGUAACAUCAUCAAUCAAUAGCUAGACUUCACAAAGACCUCUAACAUUAAACCCUUCAUAAAUUCUGAACAAAACAUAACAGCUGGAGAGGAGUAAUUAUGACAUACAAAAACAAGGAGGGCAUCUUUAGAAGAGAUGGGCACCCCCUGUGGACCUCUGACUCCCCGAGCAGCAGAGCCAGAUGUGUUUGGGCGUCAUGCAGAUUAAAAACACGCCGUUUGGACUGUGACAGUUUUGUUGCUGAGACUAUUAAUGCACUUUCUCCCUCAUGUUUGGAUCAUUGUUUUAAAAUCGGAUCCUAUCCUAUUAUAAUAAUCAUAAUAACUUUUACAGGUGCUCAAAGACGCCUUACAAAGAAAAAGAAAAGACAAUAAAAGAACAGAUUCACAGGUUAAAAUUUAAAAAGGUGUGUUUUUAAGAGUGAUUUAAAAGUGUGGGGGUCUGAACAGUCUCGGAUGGGUUUGGGGAGUGAAUUCCAGAGGGUGGGGAAGGCUGUGUCCCCCCAAGUUCGGGGCUUGGUCCGAGGGCGAGAAGAUUUCCCUCUGAGGAUCGGAGGGCACUGGAGGGGGUGUUAUGUAAAGUGAUUUGUGUCGGUUGAUGUCGUAUUGUGUUGAUUAGUAUUGUUUCCUCUCACUGUGCUGUUAAAUAUUCAUUGUCAAGAGACUGAUAAAGACAUAGUUCAUGGAACAAUAGCGAUUUAGGAGAAUAACUACGUUUUAUUUUCAUGUUUAGGUGACUGGAAAGGAAAUUCCUCAUCAGCCCAGCUGGUCUCUUCCUCAACAAGUUUAUGUUGUCAUCCAUUUCCUGCUGGUGCUGCGGACUUACCAUGAUCUGUUUGAAAACAAGGCGGUAUGUAUUUGAAAAAGACUGCAGAGACAAAAAGACACAUGUGUUUGUAAUCAUAAUUUAAAGUAAUAAAGGGUUAGAUAUUUACAGGGAAGGACUCUCUAUUCUGUCCUGAUGUUGCCGACUUUACUAUAGAUUUAAAGAUGGUAAAAAACCUGUUUUUGUGAAGCUACUGUGAUGUUUACACCCAUUGUAAUCUCUCAUAUAAAGUAUGCCAAGGUGGUCCUGAGUCCAUAAUUUAAGGCUUUCAGAUCUGCGUGUUUGUUUGCCGUAGUUUUUCCACCCGAUUAUACAGUUUGUUUGUUGUGGGUGCUCCGUGCUCGGGCUGAGUCCUCUACUUAUCGUGCAGCAAAAGAGCAGCUCCGUCUCACAUCAUGACAGAAUGACUGAUCGACGUUCCCCUUUAGAGCAACCUUUGUCUAUUAUUUUCCACUCGGUGAGCCAAGAGACCCCCUUCCUCCUCCUCCCUUUAGAAAAAAAAAGAAACAGGUCUCCUCGGCAGUUAUCUUUGGAAGCCUCUUUUCCCCAGACAUACUUUUGGUUAGCCAGAAAGUCCUGUCACGCCCAGCCCCUUCAAACUCUCAAAUAAAACGUCCCGUCUUCUUGUGAUGGCUACCUCCACGGUGUUCCUUCACUUGUGGUCCCCCCACCCCUUUCUCAAACACACACUCAUAUACAGGCUCACACACCUCCCAUCCAGGGUCGAGGUUUCCCCACCCUCCCUGCGAAUGAAACACCAGCUGGUGGUCCAGCAGUGAACACAAACGCCUUAAUUGUCGAGUCAACCAUUUCCCAACCCAAACAGCCUUCAGGAUGCAGCAAUCAGGACUUGGAGGGAAAAUAACAAAGUGAGCGCUCCGGCCUGACAAUAAAUCAUGUCACUCUUAUGUAUUUAUACACACAUGUUCACUAGCUGCUUAUUUAGCUUGACAAUUGAUGAUACACUGCCGGACAAUUUAUGGCUCCAACUUUAAUUCAAAGCCACGAAAAACAGGGUUAUUUCUAACAAGUCCGGCUACUCUUCAAUUACAUCAUCAGCAGGCCAACGUGUGCCUUUUAUUAUAGGUCUGAUGAAGUGUUACUAUUAGAGGCAGAGGGGAAAUGACCGCCUCGUAACAUCUCAAUUAAACACAACUAAAAUGGACAAGCGGUGUUUUUAUAACUGCAAUAUUUAAACUAAAAGACCUGCUGCUAAGAGAGUCCUGAUUUAAAGGGGGGUAGGGUCAUAAAAUCUGAGCCAUAACAUGAAACAAUGGUCGUUCUUUCUUCUUUAAAAGCUCCCAAGAGAAACUUUGGGUUUGUGUCAACUUUGGCGCCCCCUGUGGACAAAUCUGUCUUUGUUUAUUUCAUCUUAUCCUGCUGACUUUUGACUGUCAGUUGUGUUAUUUAUGGUGAAUAUCUUAUGUGGAAAUGGUAAAGAAAAAAACAUACUGUUUCUUUAGCUGCUUGGCUGUAAGGGGAGAGAUGGGAAAGACAGACAUACACGCUGUUACUGGCUCUUAUUCCACAAUGUAAUGAACUCCAUGUUCUAACUGUACACUUCAGCGAGUAACUGCAUGUAAAAUAUUAGUAUCUGCUUUCGCUUCUCUUAUACAAAAAAUGGAUAAACUCUCACUACUGAUGUAUGUAGUUUUUUAUAAGUUUUUGUGCAUUUAUCUAUAAGGGGAGAGAUGGGAAAGAAAGACACACAAAAUGUUGCUGGCUUUCAUUUUCAUAAUGUAACUAACAGCCAGAAGCAACGUGCUCCCCCUACUGGCUAAAACCGGAGGUGUCUUACAACAAACCAAGUUCAACAAAACCAAUCGAUUACACAUAUAAUCUUACAUUUAGUGAAAUUACCUUAGCCAAAUGAAUUAACAUUUAACAUAUUUUAAAGAUGAAUUUAGACUGUUCAUAACACAUAAUCUUAUUUAAUUUAUACUGUUUUUAACAUUUUUUUAAACCUUUUAAACUGAAUGAUCACGUUUAUAUCCGUUACACUUCCAACAGUUACAAGCAAUAUAAUAAAGAUUUACAAAUAAUCACUCUCAUCCUCGACAACCUCGUUUUCUUUUGGAUAUUCUGAAAAGGCAAAUAUAUGAAUUACAGUCCAUUAUAUAAACAUAAAAAACUCCCUCUAGUAGCUUUAAUGAAAUCCACACUUGAGGUUUGAAUUUAGAUUUACCUUCAUGCUUCUGAAUUUUGUUUUAAUCUUUAAAAGUAUUUGAUGUUUUUUCUUUUUGAGCCUCUUUCUACCAAUAUUUUUAAACUUCUGAAUCAAACAUGUUUUGCAAAGUUGUGGUGCACACUGUUUGGUCCAAGUUGGUCGUAAACUGAGACUUUAAUAAGACUUUUUUUUAAUGCAUCGAGUUGCCUCUUGCACUCACUCUAUAUAAGCUGCAUCUUAGUUAGAGAAUAAAUCUGCACUAAACCAUACCUUGAAAUCUGUUAGUUUGUAACUUAAGUUGUGGCGUUGUUUAGUUCUUUACUAUCUUAACUAGUUAAUCGUAACAUCCAAACUACCCAAAAUAUUGGCGUAGACAUGACGCGUAUGCUUCCAGUAGCCAAUCAGAGAAAAGAUUUAUUUUAUUUGUAGAGUUUAAUUGCAAAUCCUCAUACCCCUGCACAGGCUAACAGCUGAAUAAAGCAGCCAUUGACUCCCGUAAUAUGAUGGGAAAACUGGUAUAACUCUGUCCACAGGGGGCGCCAAACUCAACACAAACAAAAGGUUCCUCUCUGGAGCUUUAAUAUGUUAAAUAAAUUAUUAGAGUAAUUUAACACAAAUAUCUGCACUGAUACGUUGGUGUAUUUACUUAGCGGUGAUUCUUUCAAACACGCUGUCAUGAGCUUCACCAAAAAAACGUCUACAAUAACCUCCUGAAUAAUCCGAUUUAUCUCAGGGGAAAUCGGAAUAACACGAUCAGUCUGCUGCCACCAGAUGUUAACUUUCAUUCCUGUCUUCAGCUGUUAUUACUGCAGUUUGACGUUUGUUCACGUUAAAUAUUAUCCUGAUGAAAGAAUCACAGCACACUUCCCCUUCCUUUGUAUUACAGAGCACGUGUGUAGACUCGACUCCACCUGAUGACUAAAAACCAGGGGAUUUGUGGGGGAUUUUCUCCUGAAUGUGUAGCGCCCGGGGUGAUAGAUAACUAAACAAAGAAGAAGAUCAUGUGACUAAGCAGGUCUGGUGUUUCUAGCCCCCUGGGUUAAACACACAGAUACAUUCACGUAACCUCUGAUACCAAAAUAAUUCCCCCGUAAUAACACCGCGCUCUAAAAAUAACUCUACCUGUAGCCUUUGACCUUUAACACGAUAAUCAUUCAGCUUUAAUUUACUCUGACAGUUUAGUCUGACUCACUCUGACGGAUGGAUCGAGGCCAAAAAAUCCCACGUUUGAUUCACGGAAAACAUGAUUAUAUCAGAUCCCAUGUGGGGGUUCGGAUAAUACUGCUCUUAUGGGGGUUUAUGGAUUAUGACUCUUGGAUAAACACAAAGACAUGAGGUUUUAUUGCAUCCUGUUGAUGGCUUGAUUUUAUGUUUACUAUAUAUGGCUGCCCAGUAUGGGAGCAGUCAGUGAAAUUUGGCUGUUGGGCCGAGUAUUGAGUGUCGUAGAAAUCUAAACCUAAGCUGACAGCCUGCAGCAUCCUCAGGAGACACCAUGCUUCCAGCUGCUGCCCUCAGCCAAGGCCGUAGGUUAGAGAAGGAAAAUUAGGCCGUACAUCACGUCCUGUUCUUCUGUCAGUUUCGUGCGUGCGUCCAAAAAAGCUCGGAAAAGGUCAGCGAGAAUCUGCAUGGAACUUCUGCAGAGAUUUUCUGGUUGUUUUGGCUCCGUUUACGGGCUGCAAACUGCUCUCUCUCGUCUGCUGUGGUCGACUCCCCCAUCAAGACCUAUCCAGGCUGAUUAGAGAAUCAGCGUAAACCAGGCAUGGCAGUGAAAAGUAAGAGGCCGAUCGCGCUGAAUUCUCCAGGAUGUGCCAGUACACUUACUCCGAAGGUCAGACAUGUUUUAGUUGGCACUGCCAAGUCAACAGCCCAACAGUCGUGCGGUUUCUGUCUGCUCUCCCAGCAAGCUCUCCUGUGAUCGUAACUCAACCAGCCAUGAGAUUAAUUUAAGGUUUAAGUUGUAAUGUAUUUUUUCCCAACCACAUUUCUUAUUCCAUGCAAAUGUGUUUCUUUUUUUUUCUGAAUCCUAGAUACUGUCCCACUUCACCAUCCUGGGAAUGGUCCUCUACAUCCUGCUCACUCUCACCUCUCUGGGCUACAUCAUCGAUCAGAGGUACAGUGCUGACACUCGUGCAAGUCGUGACUGAUUGGUUGACUCGUUUGCACAUUUAAAGAAGAAUUAACACGGUAAAAGAAAGAUUCAGUUAUGCAUGCCAGCGGUUCCUGAGUUAGGGCAUGGAACUCUGCAAGAUGGCAGACAUGAACAAAAAGAAGAAAUAAAGAACUACUCCUGGUUCUUCUGGUGAGGGAUUCUGGUUCAUUUUAAUGAUCCAGAUGAGGAGAGCCGCCUCUUCUGGCUCCUAAACAGCUCUUCAUUGCAUAGCACCAGAUUAUGUGCAUAAAACCAGCUUGUAAUAUUAAUUCUGUUAUUGUUAAAAAAUUGUAUUUUUUGGAUGUUUCACAUUAAAUCAUACAUUUUGCACCAUCUGAACACCAUCAUUACCGUUCAACCUGCAUCUGAUCGGUUGCACGCCACUCACAUUUACACUUUCAGUCAGUGUGUGAUGUUCCUGAGGUCGAGUGGUGGAGGAAGAAGGUUGUUCCUUUAUUCUUCUUUGUAUUGAAUAACAACAGAACAAGGAAUCAGUUUUGAAAUUAAAGACAGUUCAAGAGCCGGGUCUUACUGCCAACCAGCACAUCACCACUUAUUAUUAUUGCAAGGCUGCAAAAGUUGUCCUGAGUUGACUGUUAAGUCUUAUUUAAAAUGCAAUAUUUAUGUUUAUAUUGUGAGGAUUUUCUGACUUUAUAUUAAAUAUAAUUUUCCUGCAGAAGAGUUUGAUCAAAAGGUGAUAAAUUAGGUAAAUAAACUCAUAGUACUCCCUUUAAAAAAUCCAGAAAUCACUGAUAUAAAAGUGUCACAUGAUACUGAAGUGACAUCUCUCAUUUGAACCAGGCUCUAGACUCUGUAUAAGCUCAUAUUUGUGACCCUUAACACUUUAAAUGACCUCCUAAUAGACCUCAGAUCUCCACUUAUAGUCCCUAAAGACAGUUUCUUUUGUUCUCCAGGCCGACAGCUGCGAUCCUGGAGACAGUACGCUGUGUCAUCAUGGUGACGUUGCAGAGGUACGGCUACGUGGCGCCCCUGCUGUCUUCGCUGGCUGUCCCCACAGAGGUAAGACCACCUUAAGGGUGUGACGGUGCGGUUAUAAUCUGUGACAUUAUAAUUCAACUAGCAAGCCAGUGUAUCUUAAAUUUGGCAAAGUUCAUCGUUCACAAACCUGAUAACAGUUUUGAAUGUCAGCUGGAUUAUAGGUGCCCUUAAAUAGAAAUAAGACGUGACGUGUCGUAAGCAAGUCCGUGUGAUCUGAUAUCACAAGGAAAACCAAAAUAAUAUUUAACUUAUUCAGAAGUGUGCUCUGAUGAAACGGUUCGACUCAGAAGAAAACUAAAAAAAUAGGCAGCAGAACCAGAGAGAGUGUCUUCAUUGGCAAAUCAUGCUGCCCACAUGAGCCGUCUGGUCAGAUCUACUUACAGUUUCUGCAUGAGAAUGCACAAUCUGUAGACAGAGGACUGGAUUUUUGGUAUCAGAAGAGCCAGAAGGUUUUUCAUUUGAAGUGCACGAUUUUUCAUCAACAGGUUUUUGGUUUGUAUCAGUAUCUGGUGUGUGAAAACAGUAAGAGACGAAAACAAAAGACAGGGAAGAAAUCUACACAGUGCAACUUCAGAAACCAUCAACGGUCAUACACAGAGGAUUUAGCUGUGAUUAAUCUAUUUAGUGCAUGCAUGUUACCAGAUACAUAAAAUUACAGCUAACAGUCACUCUUGGAGUGAAAACUGCAAACUGCAAAGAAAGACUGACUAUAUCACAGUCAGAUGAUCACUAAUAGAUUCUGUAACCUGGUGCAGUCUGUUGUUUUUUUUACCUUGUCUGGUUGUGUAAAAAGUCGGACUUUUAAAGUCUGUUAACCUCCUCUCUUAACACAAAUUUAAUACAUCUUCCUGCCAUUAUUUAUCUGUAAUAUUCAACUUUUCACAUCUGCAGUCAUACUCUCCAAAUCACAUCCUAUCAACAAACUUAAGCAGGUUGAAGUGAACAUUAACAGACGCACAGAUUUAUAGCUUUAGACACUUCAUAUAUAAGAGGAUAAACAGGCUUAUAGAGAGAAAUCCUCCGGAGCUUUUAAUAUGAUUAACACAAAGAAACAUAAAACCUAACAUAUCUGAAUAACACCAGUUUAAUCUGCUUUAAUAUGAACUAGAAUUACAGACUCAAUCCUCUUUUUUUCCUUCUAAGAAAGAAAAGAUUUACAACAGUUUCCUCUAAAAAGUCUAAAAGUUUAAUUCUUUCUACUCAAGGAAACAAUCUUUGGCUCGGUUUAUAUUCUGCAGAGAGAAGUUGAGGGUUACCGCUACAGCUUGACCAACUUGUUUUAUUGAACUCACUGAGGUAGAGGGAGGUGGUUCAGUCAGCAGAGGACACUGAAACCUUUAACGAAAGACAAGGCUGAUAGAUUUUUUUAUAGAGAGCACAUGCAUUAACACAAAGUUGAGAACUAUAAUAGAGUUAAAUUUGUAGUUUUCAUUUCCUUAAUCACUGCAGUACUGUUCUCUUCGUAUUAUAUCCUCUCAACAUUGUGGUCUCAGCUCUCAAAGGCAGACGCACCGAUUGUUUUGAUUCACUCAAGAACGUACCAUUGAUUAUUCGGAGGACCUAAACCCUCCUCUAUGUGUCCUGUGCUUCACGUAGUACUCAGACUGUGCGCCGCAUAACUAGCAAAAAGUAGUCAGACACAUCCGUUACUCUCUGUUACCUUUAGUUUAAGAUUGUUUAAAUGAGGUCCAAUGAUGAGGCUGAGUCUGGACUCUCUAGACCUGUAAUCAGACUUUGUUGAUAAUUGGGCCGAUAUUUGGUAUCUGUCUGAUUAUCUGCGUCAACCUUUUAUUUUACAUACGGCCAAUAAGAUUAAUGCUUUUAUAUGAACGAAUAUGAAUGUUUUUAUUUUGGUUUAACAUUUGCUAAAGUUUUGAAAAGUUAUCAGGAAGUUUUUUCAUUUUUACUGUCAGUGCAUAUCAAUUUUGAAGUAUUGAUUAUUGGUCUGAUACACCACUGAUAGUAAAUAUCAGUAGCGGCCCUGAGUGUAAUAUACUGAAUUAACUCGGUGUGUAGAUUUCAUGUGCUUUUACCGCAUCACCAAGUAAAAUUCCAAUAAACUGUGAAAAGUUAAUUAGACGUGCAUUACAGAGAAUUAUGUGGAAUAGUUUAAAUGAUAUGUGAUAAUGAGUCUGAGUUAGUGAAGCCAGCGCUGAGAAAAUGAAACAGAAAUCUUCCAGUCCUGAAAUAAUUGCCUAUUACAGGAAAAUUGUCUGAUCUUAAAGCUGAAAAUGAGCCGUUUAUACUGAGAUCUUCAUAUAACUCAAUCAUGUGUCCCUCGUGUGUGUGUGUGUUGAGACUGUUUGGCAGUUACUGUGUGUGUUGUGUGGUCUAGUUUGUGUGUGAGCUGGGUGCUAAGUCCAGCCCCUGCGGCCCUAUGAUCUACAAGUCCAGAUGCGUCGCCCAAUUGACCAUAAAAUUGGCGUUCCUUUCUGGCUCUGGCAGCUCCAGUGUAGAUGGCGGCUGACCUCUCAUUACUCGCCUUUUUCUUUUCUCUCUUUCUCCCUCUUUUUGCUCUUUCUCGCCGCUCGCCGUCCCAGCCGGUGUGAACGAGAGCAACACUUCUGGAACCAAUUAGCGCCGUCUGCUGCUAACUAGAGCUGGCUGAUGAGAUUUGCACGUGAGCGUUGAAUCGCAGCUUUUUUUUUUAUUGCGCUCUGACUCCACAUCUGCCGCGCUCAGGUGCUCCAAAGACAAGUCGAGGCUUUCCCAGCCUUUUCUCUUCCUCACUGUGAAACUAAAUCAAACUGAAUGAAUUAUGAUUUGCUUAAAGCCGCGUCUAAAACUAAGUGCACAUCCAAUCAGCUUCAGAGCAAAGAGAUCCUGAUUUACGCCGCGCGUGCUGCACGGCUGUGUCGCUUUGACGGCGCUGUAACUUAAAUGCAGUCCUUUCCUGAAGCGAGUCAUUAGGCCUCAUUUCAAGUCGCAGUACGUCACUUUGAGCUGAAUAAACGUCUCGCUCGCAGGUGGGGCUCAUUGAAAAACCUCAAAUUUACUUGAAAAGGCUCUUGACAUAUUUGUACCCUUUACUCAGAAGUGAAGAGAAGAGAGAGAAAAAAGAAAACCACCCUCAAACUUUAAGGUACUCUAAUGAUAUACGAGUCUGACGCAUGAGGUGAACGGCGGGCUCUUUGUCUCAGACAGGGGGCGGGUUUUGAAGUCGUGCCAAUCAAUUAAGCGUCACUUGAAAUGGAGGAGGGGAAAUUCACAUUUAAUUGUAUUCAGGCUCAUGCGACUGUACGGCUGAGAAAAAAAGAAAAGGGGGGAGAGACUACAAAAAAAAGAAAGAAAAAAAACUACAAAAACUAGGUCGGUUUGUGGUCCUUCAAACCCAGUGGUGUGAUAUACUGCACCCUUAAAGCUCACAGUGGUAUUUAUAGUGGCUCUGGAGAUUUCCCUUGUAAAGCUGCAGGCUUGACCCGUAAACCAGGGCUGCCUCUCUCGCUCCCAGCCGCCCACUCGCUCGCCCUAACCAAGAUCUGUGCAGCUCGCGGGAAGACUUCGCUGCUGCACGUGGGAUACGGCUGGUUUUUAGGUUUUAGCUGAUUGUAAGUAACGUGUUUGUUGUAAUCCAGAAUGAUCCAGAAUCUGUACCUGUUAACAAAAGCUGUGAACCUCACCUCAUCAUGAACACGUGUGCAGUCAGACCUGUGAUGGUUUCUGUUUUGGUGCAGAUUCUUAGAGAAAUAUGUUAAAAUAUGUUAUUGUGCACGUGCAUUUUAUGACAAACUUGUAGUUUUGAGCUCCACAUUACAGGCGAAUUAAUUUGGUUUCUGAAAAUUAUGAUUUUAAAUGGAUAAAGACGAGACAAUGACUAAAGCUAGAACUAUAUCAUUUAGUUUAAACUUUUACAAACUUAUGUUUUGUUGUUAUUUAUGAGAAGAGAUAAGACUUAGAGUGUUAGUGGUGGCUCAUUAAAAUUUAAAACUUACAUGUUUUUAGACCAAAAGUGUUCAAACUAUAACCCCUCACCUGUUACUGGUAGAUAAUCAAUCAAUCAAUCAAUCAGAGUUCAUUUGUAUAGCCCUUUUUUACAACCAAACAUAAAAAAUCGAGAAAAAAAAAUCAAAAACUUUUAUUCAUACUCCAUGUUAACAAAAGCAAAACAAACAACAAAAAAUUAAAAUAAAACAAGGAAAACUGUUGGUUACAGACAUUUUGGAGCCUUGAGUUUGAUGAUAAAACUGCUGUAUUUAUAUUUUAAUCCUCACCUUCUAUUAUUUGACCACUCAUACUUUAAUGCUUUGUAGUGCUUCUGUUUAUCUUUAAGGUUGGUUUACUUCGUAUAUUUUUUUAUUUAAACUCUUUAGGAAAGUUAUUUUUGAACACGUUUUCAUUCACUUUCUUCACAACUGAUUCAAAAGUUUGGACACACUGUGAGAAUCCGAAAUAACAUUUGAAUUGAAUAAGAAGUGUUUUAAGGAAUGGAUGGAUGGAUGGAUGGAUGGAUAGAUGGAUGGAUGGAUGGAUGGAUGGAUGGAUAAGAAAAUGGAUUAAAGGUUGGAAAUGGAUGGAUGAAAGACUAAAAGGCUAGAAAGAUGGUUGAAUGGAUUGAUGGAAGGAUGGAUAAGUUUAAAGAUGUUUGGAUGAGAUGAAAGAUGGAUGGAUGGAUGGAUGGAUGAGAUGAAAUGAGAUGAAAGAUUGUUGGAUGGAUGGAUGAUGGCUAAGAUGAAAGAUGGUAAUGGAUGGAUGGAUAAGAUGAAAAAUGGAUUGAAAGAUGGAUGGAUGGAUGGAUGGAUGGAUGGAUGGGAUGAAAGAUUGUUGGAUGGAUGGAUGGAUAGAUGGAUGGAUGGGAUGAAAGAUUGUUGGAUGGAUGGAUGAGUAAUAUGGAUGGAUGGAUAAAUGUAUGGAUGAAUAAGAUGAAUGGAUGGAUGAAUAAGAUGAAAGAUGAAAAAUGGAUUGAAAGAUGGAAGAAUGGAUGGAUGAGAUGGAUAGAUGGACUGACUGAUUGAUCGCAGGGAGAGGUCAUCUCCUUCCUCUCUUAUUCACCUUCAUUAAAGCAGAGUCAGGUAGAGCAGCAGUUAUGAAGCAGGAAGGCUAAAGCGGUUCAGAUUUACCAACCAGACGUGUAGAAGUUAAACUGCUGAGCUGAUAUGGGCUGGCAUUAAGCUGGACUUUGUUUGCCUGAACUAACACUCGAUUCAAAACUUCCAAAUCAAAAGUUAAAAGCAGCUCAUUCUUACCGUGGAGCGACUGAACUCAAACAACAUUUGUUCAUGAAAGAGAAGUCUGAUGAUUGAAAUGGCUGCAGAUUAGUUCUGGUAAUCAAGAAAGCAUUAAUUGUAACAGCAGUUGUUUUUCUGCCAAAGAAUUAAAUCACCUUUCAGCCCACCUUGUUUCAGACCUCUGUGGUCUUCAUGUUUGUGUACUUUUCUCAAAUAACAGGAACUUCAAUCACUAAAACCUCGACCUCUCUGACAAAACGUCUCCACAGUUUAAGAGCACUUUUUAUCGCUGGGUUGUUGAAGCUGAUUGCAUUUUAAUGUCUGCUAUUAUUUGUUACACCCGUCAAUGUGUGUGUCCGCGUACACAUGCUUUUCUGUGUGCCGAGCGUGGAGGGGGGGUAUCGCUGCGUUUGUGCUGUAAUGAUGUAACACAUGGUUGUGUUACUGUGCGGCCCUCCAGUUCGCCUGAAGGCACGGGGAAAAACAUGCUGUCGAGCAGAAACUUGUAUACUUGAGAGUAAUUAGGUUGUUUUUCUCCUAAAUUAGCCUCUAACUGCAGUGAAGUCAGAGUUAUUAAAGAGCAGGGAUCAUGAAAAUACACCUGUUUCCAACUUCUGUGGGACAGCUGAGAGCGUACACCUCUGCUGGUGAAAGAGACCACCAGUAACCACCAGAACUUUAGCUACAUGCACAAAGGGAACAAUCGAUCAUAUAGUGUACUUUGAGAUGUUUAGGUGCAAAACAACCAACUGUGUAAUAACUGGAUUUAGCAGCAGUGAUGUUGUCCGUUUGUUUUGUGAAGUAUUUUGAAGCCUUGUUGCAAGGGCUGGGCGAUAAACCGAAAAUUUACCGAUACCGAAAUUUACAACAAUAACUGACGUCAUUUUGCCCAUAUCAAUAUAUUCAGUGUCAAAAUAAAUAGAUAAAUAAAAAUUGGUUUUGGAUGUGUGUAGGUAGGCUAUGGUCUCAUGUCCCUUUAAGACGCUGUCCAACGUCAGAGACGUGACUCCAACCAAUCCAGUCUGUAACAAAGAGGGAAAGACGUGAGGAGAUGGAGGAUGGUUCAAAAGUUGAAGCGGCGGCUGGAUGAAGUUAAUGUGGGAGGGGGUGAGCAGCUUGUUGAGUAGUUAUCGUCCAUUUAUUGUUAUCGUGGUGAACGGAUCAAUAUAUCGUGAUAUUGAUUUGAGGCCAUAUCACCCAGCCCUUCUUGUUGCACCCUAUAAUGUAAUAAUUUAAUGAUAAUGUAAAAACAUCUAAUAUUGUUAUGAAAUUUGCACUUAAGUCAAGCGAAAUCAGCAGUGGUCGCCAUAUUUGUAAUAUUGACUCAACCCAAUUUUUGGUCAACCUACCAGAUGCGGGCGUUUAUCCCUCUCACAAUGGGCCCACCUGAUGAGUCAGCUGAUUCACCGCUGAUUAACCUUAAUUCACUCUUGGGUCCGUAAGCGCUUCUCUUCUCUGAAACCACUUUUAAACCAGGCUGUAAUCAGGGUUUUUUUUUUCUCUAAAAAAUGUUUAUUUUAAGCUUAGUGUGUAGGUGGUUUCUGGUGCUUCUGCUGCCAGCCUCUAGUGGACACUCAGGGAACUGCAGAUCUUAGCGCUUCUGCAUUGACUUCAUUUUUCAAGACCACUCUGUCUUGCCGCUUGGUUCAGACGAUGUUACAUCUAUAUUGAAACCUUUUAAAGUGUGGUCACAGAGCCGUCAAGUGUGGUGUUUAGGGACCGUUGGAAAUUCAGCUACAAAAAAGAAAACAGUCAACUCUGUCUUUAUUUAUCGUCAACACUUUUUAGGAUUUGUAAAAUCUUUCAAUGUGGACUAACCCUUGAAAAAUUAUUCAUCUAAGAUUUGUAUUCUCUGUUAUUUUAAACCUGUUCUCAAGUUUACCGUCACAUAUAACCGUGAAAUGAUUAUAUACAGCAGAUUCUGUGGGCAUGAAAUGUUGGAAAAGUUAAAGCACCAAUGUAUCCGUUGGCAGACUUAGUUCAUCAAUCGUUUCUGCCUUUCCUCUUUUUUUCUACGUAGAUGACAUUCUGGUUAUAAAUGAGCUCAAGAAGUGAUUUAUUGACUCAUGCAAGUUUGACACUUGAGAAGCCAACUCAAAUCUACCUAAUCCAGCUCAAUCCAAGAUAUUAAAAAACUCUGAAGCUGUUUUCACACCCCGUUUGAUUUUCCAUCUUUUCAUUUCUGUGCUGAUAGUUUUCCAAUCGUAGAAAAACGCCGCUUUGUGUCAAACUUUUUAGAGGCAGACGAACGCACAGAGAGGUCAGGUCAAUAUUAUGAAGACCAUGCUCGACAAAAAGGCCCAGAGUUAGUUUAUCUGUAACACAUCACCUGACUUUUCUGCUAAAUUGUUGUCAAUCCCACCCCGUCUUUCCCGCUCUCACAGCCGUGAGCGAGCAGAUAACGGAGAGAGCGGUGAGAGGUCAGUGUUAUCUGAGGGAGUAGUUUCCACUCGGGAGACCUCAGGUGGGAGAGGUCAGCCGCCCUUUCUCUCUGCCGGAGCAGGAAUGUGUGGUAGCGAGAAGCAGCGCUGAGGUUAACAGGAUUGUUUGGAGCAGUGGAAACUCAUGACAUCAUGUGAGCGCUCGCAGGAGUGGAAAGGAAAGGAAAUCUCCUCCCAGGGAGAAAAUGGAGGGAUUUGAAAGAGAAACGCCGGGCAGGACCGUCCCGUUGGAGUAAACAGCGGGUGGUCGAGCGUACACAGUGUGAAAUAUUAUCACUCAAUGUGCAGGGGAUCGAGCCCGUCAAAGAGUAACCGCUUGGUUUAUGUUGUCAAACCACUUGCCAGGUAAAGCUGUGGAAAUCUCUCAGAAAUUGGUCCUUUGGGGGAUCUCCAGCUCUAUUUAGUUUGGCUUUGUGGGGUGAGUUUCUGCGGCCAGCAUCGACUUUCUUUUGAAUUUGUCUUCCUAUUUGUGCUUUAACUCAUGAGUGAAACACAACAGUCAUCCAGUUUAUGAUCCAGCUCCAGAGCCAACAUGUGAACCUGAUUGAACUUGAGGAGGGAGGCAAUGAAACACAAACAGUUACCGUAGUUAAGUGGGAGUUUAAGGUAUCACUAUCUCUGAAUUAUGUCUCCUGUUGACAACUUUUGACUUUUACGUCGGUAUAAUUCAGACACAAUUGGACUUGGUAGAAAUGGAUUAUUUAAUAUAUGAGAAUAUUUAAAUUACGGCAUCAUGUGUUACAGGAGCUUCUUGACCUUAAAGACCACCAUCACAGAGGGGUGAGCGAGGGGAGCAUUUCAAUCUAGAGUGACCGCUUGAUAUCACCAAAUAUCCCCGUUUCUUCACCCUUUCCCUUCAAAAUAAAGGAACAUUCUGUUAUUUUUAUUCUACUUUAUCACAGGCCCGAUGGCAAGGCUGAUUUAAGCAGGGAAUAUCAAUGGAGCGCAUCCUUAUUUAGCUUGUCCUGUCAGUGCUGAAGUAGAUAUCAGAAGUCCCGCCUCUUCUUGAUUCUGAUUGGUUUAUGGUCAAGAAAUGGUAUUGACACACACAUUGCUUUAACAGUUGAUCUAUUUUCAGCUAAAAGUAGCAGAGGAUGGCAGACAGAAACAGAUGUGCUCCAAACCACUGUCAUGGACCACCUGAUAUUGUUGUGUGAACAAACUCAAACUGUAAUAACAGAACAACACGACAUAUCAAUUUACCAUAAAAUCCACUCGCUUCGUGAGACCAGCAGCUUUUUGGGUCAUUAUGAUCAAUAAUUUUCAAAAUUUUAACCCCCAUUAGGAAAACAAAAAUAGAUGCUGCUAGCACAAAAAAAUAGAAUUUUAAAACGAACAUGUCCACUGUUAGUGAAGUUGAGUAGAGUGACCAGGGCCACACCUGGUUGAGUUUAUUUUUCUCUGAGUAACAUUUCCUUCCAGUUAUUAGUCCUUAAACAGCUCUGUGACCAAUCCUGUUCAGUUUUGUAGAUUUUAUUUAUGUAUCACUGAUCUGGUGAAGAACUGAGAUCCUCUCCUGGAGUUAGUUUCUGUCUUGGCUGUUUCUUUUGCAGUUUUCACAAUCAGAUGGCGAGGUAAGCAGUGCCAUGCUGUAAAACUGGUAAUUUGACCCCAAAAGGCCAAAAAAUGACCCAACUAGAGCAGCCACUGUGGUAGGGAAUCAGAGUUAUUGUGCUGGAGUUUCAAAAAAAAAAACAAACCCUGAUAAAAUCAGUUAAGAUUAGAUUAAAGGAAUAAAAAAAUUAAAACCAAUUACACAUUAAAAACAGCUAAAAAAAACAACUAAAAUCAGAUUUACAGAGCAUAAGCUGAUGUUGCGUGCUCUACAGUUUUAACAUCUUCAGACGAUUCUGCUUUUCCCUUUUUUUUUAUCUGUUCUUGUUCUUAUUUUCUAUUGUAAACACUCUGACAACGAUCUAACCCAAUUUUUUCUUCUUCUCAUUGAUAUUAUUAUAGUAAUCCAGCAGAGUCUGUCUUCAGAGUCCUAAUGCUAUGUAGAAAAGGCUCACCCUUGUCAUGAAGACAGCAGAGUAAUAAAACUAGAUAAAUGUAAGAAUAGCACCUACGAAAGGCAGGUCUAUCGAUGCAUGGCAACAAAACACGAUGAAAACAGCGUUUAAGAUGCACCAAGAGGGAAAUUAGCAUCGCUUGUCCGACAUAAAUAAAAGUAAACUGUCGAACGCCGCCUGUGAUGACGGAGCAGAUUCAUGCUGUUUUCUCAUUUCAGUGAAGUUGUCUCAAAAAUCCGCUGAUGCACUUGGUUAGACCGUUUCUCCUAGAAACAGACUGUAAACACGUCUGAAAAGAGGACUACUUUAAAAUGAUAUGAUUUAUUUUAUGACCAAGCAAACCUUUUUGAUGUUUUAACUACUUUUAAAGUGAAAGGAAACAGAAACAGACAAUCAGAGUCGAGAACGAGGAAAGACAACAACUCCCAAUUUUAAAGUUAUGGUGUUUCAACUGCAGGACCUCUUGUUAGCAGAUCUGUAAAGUGACUUUUAUAACUGAAACCACAUUUUAAUGCAGUAAAAGAAACUAAACAAAUACCUUAACUUUUUAACUCGAGGUCCUUUCGUGGUUCCUCCCUCUUCCAAACAGCACAUAAAGCUGAAAAUCAGAGUUCUGCUCUCAAUUUAAAGAAAAUAACAAAAGCCUUUCAUAAAGUUAAAAAACUGAUAAGUCAGAGAGUUCGUCCAGUAAAAUCUAUCAGAAUAAUUCUGAAUGAAGCCUCAGCAUAUUGAUUCAGUAAUCUUUAUGAGAAUGAAAGCUGUCAUCAGUCUCCUCUCACUUUAUUAAUCCCCCGCUCUCUCCUCCACACUCAUUGGCUCCCUGGCAAACAGUCACACAUCCGAUAGGGCAGUAAAGUAAAACUCUUCAAGGGUCUUUUUUUAUGUAACAGUCCAAACUUCAGUAUCUUGCCUGAAAUGAGUCGGAAAAGGCCUCCAGCUGCCAGCAUCUGUCAACAGGAGAGGGUCAUGGAUUUGGACGGAUUUUACUGCUAAAAUUUACGCAGCUGUCAAUUCCGAUUGAUCCGCAAUUAGCAUGUUCGUUGUGCUGGACAGCUACACUCGUCUGGACAGACAAAGAAUCCAUUUGUAAUCAGGAGGCCGGGUUCAGAUCAUUCCUUGAUGGAGACUGGGAUCCAUUGACAGGACAUUUAAUACCAUGUUUGAUUGCCAAAAGCUUUACUGUCCAAUCAUAAGUCUGGGGAUGUGCAUCUUCCCUCCACACGCCAUAACUUUCCGAAGACAAAUGCUGAACCUCAACUUAUAUUUUGGUAGAUUGCAGAGCAGAGACGACCCGCAUGAGCAUGAUGAAGCUGGGAGAGCCAAGCUUUAAGAGAAUCAUCAAACCUGACCAUCAAGAAGAGCUGAUAUUAGAUUAUUAACAGAGAGAGGAGAGCAGGGAGAGGAGCAGGAGGAGGCAGGUGUGUGUUUUCAUAUAUGUCUGAAAAGCCAAAGGACAGGUUCACAAGCGUGCACAAGCGCUAACUACUUAACAACUUCAGAAAGUGAGAGACAUCAAUUAGAAUCAUAAUUAAAUACAAGCCAAAGUUUUAACGUUAUAAAAGACGUCAUAAAAGCUUGAAAAGACUGAAUGAUUUAUCAGAUCUGACACCUGUGAUAGCAUGCAAACAGGUAAAAAACUCAAAUCUGUCAGUGUUUAUGACUCACUUUACUACGAGUGGAAUCUGGUGUUUACUUUAGUCAUACUUAGGAUCUUUGAAGAAGUUUAUACCACCAGGUUAGACAGACAUGCAUUGGUAAACAAAGCAGAUGGACGAAUGGGGCACUUUCACCAAGCGCAAGUAAACUCAUCUACUCGCUUAAUUCGCGCGAAUCUAGACGCGUGAAUGAAGAGUAUUUACACGCUUCAUUCUCAUGUCAACGGUAAUUUCAAUGAUAAUCACUGCCAAUUCAAACGACGGGAUCAAGUGAUAAAGAUUUUUCACAAUUUACCAGGUAAUCCGACUUCCUCACUUGCCUCCAGGCGAACUCCUUUUUAUUCCAGUGUCUGUAAUUGAGAGAGAAGGUAUCAUAUAAUUCGGGGCACCCACACACCAACACGAUCAGUUCGUCCUUCAUUUUAGAUACCAGUGAACAACUGUCCGUUUUCAUACGGCUCCCGACAACCUUUGUGUUGAUUAGUUAUCGAGACGCGAAUAUCUGCUCAAGUUGUGACAUUUUCAGAUACCACCCAAUUCGCGUCAUUCGCGCUGCCAGAGUAGUCCGAGUGUCUAAUUGCGUCUUUGCAUUGAUUUAACAUGUAAUUCAUUCGCGCCAAUGAUCUUACUCGCGCUUGGUGUGUGAAGACAGGAAGAGUCUUCCAGUUUUAAACAGGUGUGUAAAUGUAUGUGAUAUGGAACAGUUUUAUCCUGUGUGGAUUUAGUGACAACCAAAAACAGUGAUUUUCAGCCUAUACGGAAACUUCCACUACAGAGUCAUGUCUGUUUUUAAUGCAGUGCUAAGGUCAGGGAUCUCUGCUGGUUGUGGUUGUGAGGUAAAUCUACAUCCCAACCCUCACCUUUGGGAGGUAACCAACAAAAACAAGCAGCCAAAUCCCCUUUUUUCUCCCCAAACCUUUCUCUCAAAACAUCCUGUCUGUCUUGAAGCAGUUAGUUUAGUUGCUCAACUUUCAUUCACAGCAUCUAUUUGUCCGCCUUUCCCAGCUUUCCUUUCAGCCUUUCAGGUCGAAUUAUUGUCAUCAGGGCUUGUUUAUGUUGUUAAAAGAGACUAUCUGAUCUUAUUUCAGAUUUUGCAUUUCAUCAUCUUAGUCAAAUAAACAUCAGCUGGGCAGUAGAUCCUCAAUUAGUGUGUUUGUUGUGUUAACACCUCAGUCCAGGCUGGAAAAAUGGAGACAUUUUUUCUCAUCUUUGAGCUGAUUACAGCCUCACCGCUUGUGUUGCAGAACUCCAGAAUCGGUCAUUUUGAUCACUGCCUCUAAUUCAUGUGGCAGGAAAACAGGAUGCUGCUUUGAACUGCACAGUAGGUUUGGAAAAAAGAUGCUUUUAGUUUCAGAAAUAACAGUGGAUGGAGGAAGAGCAACAGAAAGUCAUUCAUUCAUAAUUUGCCUUUCUGUGUACAAACAAAGGACGUAUUUUUAAAAAUAUGUCUUCUUAAGUACCAAGAUUAUCAGCCCAAAAAGCAGAGUCGACUUGCAAUUUGUCCAUUUAUUAUUAUAUCCAAUAUAUAUUUUCUUUGCAGGAAGUGAUUUGGCCGCCGUGCACUUUUUAAAUCCUCAAAAUUACACUUUUGUGUUUUAACUUUUAUGAGGAUUUUCACUGGGAGUUCAGAUGCAAACUGUUUCUCCUCCUUCUCUCAAAACUGGCCAAAAAACAAACCAAAUUAAAACACUAGAUGAUGAUCUUUUGUGCCCAAUAUCAGCAGACUGAAAACAUCUGCAGCUAACGUGCACAGGUACAUCUCAACAAAGUCAUCAAUAAGGUCAAUUCGAAAAUAGAUAUCACUCUUCUUGGUGACCUGGAUUGUUUGUCUCUUUCUGCUCCCAAAGGCCUCUGACUUUUGUUAAAUCAUCCAUUUGUACCAGUUUUUAACUCCAGAUUGAAGUAAGUGCACGGUUUGUCUCACAUCAAUCAUAAACUCAGUAAACUAAAUCAUCUCCUGAACAACCGUAACACACAUUGACACGGUGCUGAGUCAGCGCCUGGUGUGCUGAGGCCAACUAGACGUACGUUUAUUCUGUUUAGGAUUAAAUGGAACGAAAUGGAGGGAAGGAAGAAGCCAACAGGAGUCGACUCAUGGAGUUAAUUUGUUUGCAAGUCACCUAAGCUUGUUUUUUUAGAUGGGAUUCCUUCAGUGUUUACGUUUGCAGAUGGAUUAUAAAGGAACCAACAAAGAUCCAAAGUUUCUCUUGCUUUCUGUAACAAAUGAAGUGUUUAAAAAAGCCUCAUGGGAAAAGUUAGUCUCCUUAUGGAGCUUCUGCUGAGGCUCCAUGUUGAGGGCUAUAAAAAGCAUAGUCUCAGUGAUGUUUCCUUAUUUGUUUCUGCACUGAAGAAGGGUUAUAAAGGUCAAAGACGGCAGUGGCCAUAUUGGAAACACUGACUCAAACUGACCUUUGGUAAACCUUAAAAGUGACAAAGGAGUUGAGGCAGCGUCCUUGCAAACAGCUUUAAUGUACGAACCUUUAAGUGACCCCCCAAUGACCCCCAACGCAGUGUGUACACGUCAAUAAAUGUGCUAUUCAAGCCUAACCUAUUUACUGCACCAGAAUGUAAACAUGUUAGAUUUUGAUGUAAAAAUUGGCAUGUUAACAUUGGUGUCAAUGGGACUUUGUUUGAUUUGGAGCCAGCCCCAAGUGGACACUCAAGGAACUGCAGUUCUUUAGUUUUGGCUUCAUUUUGUCAACUCAGUUUAAGCUUAUUAACUCCGUUUAAGCUUUAUCUUUUUGGCAAAUUUCCGAACUUGUAGACAACAAAGAUGUGACUUGAACCGGUAUCAGAGUGAGUCCACAGGUCUGCACUUGAAGAAAGAGCUCUGAAAGUAAAGUAUCACAAAGCUGCUGUGGUGUUAAGUGAACUGAACAGAUAUGAAACUCUUCGGGAUGUUUUCAAUGAGCCGUAACAGUCUAGGUGCGCCAUCUUUGACCUUACAUGUGACCUUUUUUGCAGGCGUACGGUAAAUCAAAACAAAAAACAGAUGUGAAAGUAAAAACCUCCAAACAACUGUAUCGUUUCAAAUCUGCGUAUCAUCAAACUACUUUGUGUUUUUGCUACGCUUUCAGCGAGCAGCAACUGCACUUUCACAUGUGUUUUGUCUGGCUGCACAGCACAUGAAUGUGUGACUGUGUGUGUGUGCAUGCGUGGGAGUGUGAUGGCAGUGAUUCUCAUGGCUGUGCUGCAGAGUCGGACCCUCAGGAGGGACAUUAACCUGCACAGCGUAUCCUUCCUGCUGCUCAAACAGCCCGUGCGCUGAGACGUAUAUCUGCUUAUAAUGAACAGACAGGAAUUGAUCUUUGAGUGGAGGCGCACAUGAGCAUGUGGACAUGAACACGUGGAUAUGUGUGUACAUGUCACACCAUGUUUCUUCAUACUUAUACAUGAUCCUUUUUAACCGCACAAUAGAGACGCACUUUAUCUUAAAUACACGGUGGUUUAAUAUCCAACUUAAAGCUAUUAUGAGGAGUUUUUUCAUGUUUAUGAAAUUUAUAUUUAUGGUUUCAGAAUAUACAAUAGUAAACUUUUAUUAGGCAGCAGGAUGAGACUUUUGGUCAAAGGACUCUACUUUUGCAUGAAGAGGACAAAAUAAGCAAAGACUGCUUUGUCCACAGGGGGCGCCAAAGUCGUCACAAACCAAAUAGUCCUUACAGGUGUUUAAGGCAUUCAAACGAAGAUAUACAAAUAGUCAAUCCUGUCCCUGAUAUCAUAUAUCAUGUAAAAGCAUCAGUGUGAAUAUCAGUCCAUUUCAUAAACAUAAAAACUCCACAUAGUAGCUUUAAAUCCUGACCACCCAACCGGUCUUAAAGUCAGAAAAGAUUUUGGACAAAGUGAGUGCAGUUUUUUAACAGAGUAGUAACUAGUUUGCCAGGUAUCGCUAAAGUUAGCAGUAGCACCACUAACUCUCAGACCUUCUUGCAGGUUAACAUUUACAUACAUGUGCUCAUCAUGCAUUCCUCCAGUGGUGGGCGGCUGCACUACAGCUCUAACAGAGCAUAUGGCCGACAUUUCAGGCCUUCAGUAAUAAAUAUGUCCGUCUCUUUCAUGCUUUAAAUCUGCUCAUUAUUAGCAGACAGGAAAUGUUCUCUGUAGAAUAGAUAUGUGUGUGUGCGUCGCGCCUUUCACCCAGACUUUUGGGGAUUUAUAUGAACAAGACUCGUCGUUUUUUUAAACCCGGUCGGUUUUGGAUGUUUGCAGUUGUUUAAAAUGGUUUAACUGAACUUUAACUAUAAUUCUAUCAGUGAUGCUGUGCACCCAAUAACUUUGGUAUUCUUUUUGAAUGGAAUCUUUAAUAGCCAGGAUUUUCAUGAACUUUAAAAGUUAUUAAAAAGUUACAGAGGAAGAUCUUAAAAGUUUUGCUAAUGUGUGAGAUUCUCUUAAAAAAUAUAACAAACCACUUUACAGUGAAUCUACUUCCCUUACAGCAGGUGCACAGAUCUAGAAAUACAUUAUCAAUAAAUAAAUCCUAUAUUUUAUGACUGAAAAUCAUUAUGACGUGUUGCAAACUGUUCAAACUCCACUCCUCUGCCUCUGCAGCAAGAUUAAAAGACCCAGAUCCCUUUCUGAUACACUUCAGUCCGGGUCUGGUGGACUGUAGCAGCAGCCAUGUGUAGCGGGGCUCUGCAAACAUCCUAUUACAGGUCGUACAUCACAGGCCUGACAGCAGCCGCUCUGCACUGUUUUCAUUUCAAUCACCAGUGCAGCUGUGCAGGAGAGCGGUGUGGCUCUGCCAUGUUAACCCGCAGAGGGCAGGACGACGGCUGGUCACCGGGGCAACACAAUGCACCCUGUGGUGUUAAGUAUGGAUACGUGAUGUUUAAUGCCCUCUUGCAGCACAGAAAAUGACUGUUUUUUAAAUGUCUGUACGGGUAUUUUAUGGUGGGUUUUUUUGUAUUGUCAGACCUCAAAAUGUGUCUUUUUGUGUUUGCACCGUGUCUGGUCACUGAAAUCUACAUCCAGUUUUAGACAGACCUGCUACUUAGCAACCGAAAAACAGCAAUUAUGCUCGUGGUUGACCUGUCGAUGCCAGUGGCUGAUAAAUAGAGACGAACAGCUGAUGAUAUAGAACGCUGAUUGUUAUUUUGCUUCUUUUUUGUGCAACUUUUAAAAUACAACAAUUUCAUAAUAACACCAUGCAUACACACUACAAUCUAAUAUACAUGGUGAACUCACUGGCAAGGCUGCCUGCAGUGUCUGCAGAUAUUAUUGGUGCUGAUUAGUUCAAUCAUUUCUUGGCGAGCAUAAUUCCUGCAAACGUCAGAGGAUUUUUGUCAAUUAAACUUUCACCAGGACAAGAGAGUUUGGCCUUAAACUAAAGAGUCCUCUUUUUCCCCCUGAGUAAAUAAAGCUCUUCAAAGAAGCAGAGAAAAAUCCACAAAGCCACAUGUUUGUGGUUUUUUGUAUAACUGCCCUUAACUAAGUACCUUCAGCCCCAAAACAAAGUGAGUGCGAGCUGAUCUGCUGAGAUCCCCACUUUUGGAGCCGCUGCUGGCUGGUCGUAGUGCUUAUUUGUAGACGAUCAAACCCGCUUCCUUCCACGAUGUAAUCUGUCCCACAUGGAUUUCCACAGAGUCCAUUAAUAAGAGGAGAAGAGGGGUACAUGAGGAGAGAUGGAAACAGGGAGAAGUGGGUGCCCUUCUUCUGCCUCGACAUGCGGAUUUGAUAGAAACGUCUGUCAUGCUUCGGGCUCUCUGAGUGAAAUGUGAUUUGCGAGGUUUGCGCUAAACCUCUCGAUCCCAAUCCGUCUCCAUGAAGGACAUGAUGCAGUUAUGCUUCUCUGUAAUCUGCUUUUACUUCAGAGAAUUCAGACCUUUUGUCUCCACGUUUAAAAUAAUGACAUUAUGCUCAGAAAACAUGCUGUAAAAUGGAUUAGACUUUAUUCUGACUAUCCCCUCAUCGCACCUCUUCUAUUAACCCCGUUGGGCACUGAAGUAUGAGGCGCUGUUUAAGCUCGGUCUGUAGAGCAGGCAGCUCGUGAUCAGAGGUGACAGAGAUUUAGACCUGAUGACCCUCUGGCUUGUGCUGCAUGUCAUCUUUAAACUCUCUUGUUCAGUCUUUACCGUCAAUUAGGAUAAAAAGAAAAAAACCUUGUUUGUAAUAAAGUUUUCUUUACAUUCAGUUUAUUUAUUUAGCAGAUAAAGUUGAGGUAAAAAAAGGAAAAUGAUAUUGAGAAAUAUGGAACAUGAAUGAAUUUGUCUGAUCUGGAGUACUUCUUAGUUUUUUUGUUUUUGUUUGUUUUUUUGUUGUUGUUUUUGUUUCGUUUCGCUUUGCAUUUCUCUCUGCCGUCCAAAGUGACUUUCUUGGUUUGUUUUUUGAUUUUGUUUUAGUUAAAAGUCAUCUAAAGCUCAGAAAUACCUAAAGAUGUGAAAAUUAAACAAGUUUUUUGUGGUCCAUAGAUAAUUUCUUUCUUUUUUUCUCUUAUUUUUUCUUUGUUUUUAUUCAAUAAAUUCACCAAAAGCUCCAAAGUAGUCUGGAAUGGGUAAACAGAACAAAGAUAUUUCUAGUCCAUUGAUAUAUAUAUUUUUUUGUUUGUUUGUUUAUUUUAUCUUGUUUGCUUCGUUGUUGUUUUUUUUGUUUUUAUUUUUUUUCCUUUUUUUCCUUUUUUUUCGCUCAUGGAAGCAUUAAAGCUCCAAAGUUUCCUACAAAGUGUAAACAGAGUAACGUUUCUGUAAUCCAGCUUAUUUGUUUCUAUUUGUUUUUUUUCUUCUUUGUUUUCUUUUGUUUUUGUUUAAUCAUGGAGUAAUCACAACCUCCAAAAUACAAACUUAUGUGUCAAUGAUACAAGGUCCCUCAUGUUAUAAAAACUAUUUUGUUUUUGGUUUCUAUGUCUAUUUUUGUUUUGUUUGUCAUAAUUAUUAUAAUUAUCAUUAUUAUUAUGACUUUUUGGGACAUUUGUAGCUGUCAGAAACAUCAAUUAUAGAUAAUUUCUUCUAAUAUUGACUAAUGUAUCUAUCUAUAGGUUUGAUCAAUUACUUUGAACAUGGAUUGAUCACAAGCUACUAAGUCGUUUGGGUUUCGCCGAAGAAAAAUGUUUGAACUUAAAGGAUCAGAGCAGGUAAAAAACAGGAGGCGGCCUUCGCUCCGUCUUUCUCUUUGUUCCGUCAGUCGCUCAGUUUCUAUUUUCCGUCUGUGUGGAGGCAGAUUUCAGAGCAGGUACUGAGAGGUAGAAACCAGAGAGAGCUUUGUGUUCCUCUCUCUCUCUCUCUCUUUCUUUGCGCCUCUCAGAGGAAAACAGCUGCCGUGUCCACGAGGAAACGCUGCUUUUUUUCCCAUCAGGCCGUUCUGCCUGUGAUGGACAGCGGUCGGGGUUUUGGCUCGGGUUGCGAUGUAGGAUGCAGUUUAUGGGCCAGAACGCAGCGAGGGGUGGAGGCCCGGCUGUUUCUGGCAGAAAUACCCCCUCCCCUCUCCUCUCUUUUCUGAACAGCGAGGUCCCCCAUGACAGUGACCUCCUGACCCCACCGUAAGAGCGUCAGGAGAGAAGAGCUCUGAGCCCACUCUCCACAUCUUCCCCUCUGUUUUCUUUCAAUUAGAUUUCACUUCCACUGUUUGCCUUUCUGCUCACUGCUCGUAAAUGAUACCUGUCACACUUUCUACUUCAGUCAUCGACCUUUUCUGGGGUACAAUGAUCCAGCUGAACAUUUUUCAGCACUUAAGUCUUUUUCCUCGUCUUUUUCAGUCUUUGAGAGGGAAACACUUCUGAUGUUUAUAUGAAAAUAAUUCGACAUGAUGUUAUUGAAAGAGAAAAAACCUUUCUGUUAGCUUACCAAACGUCCACUACAAUAAUCUGUCAACAAACUGUGUAAAAUACUGUGCAGGAGUUUUGGUUUUUCCCAAACAGUAAAAAGCUAAUAUUUAAAAAAUCAAAGUUAAUAGAAAAAUAAUUGAUGUUUGUUCUGAGUUUUGGUAUUUAUAACUCUUUACGGAAAUAGUCAGAACAGAACAGUAAUGGUACAGGAACCAUUACUGAUACUAAUGCUAAUAUAGGAACAAAUACAGACAGUGACAACGAUGCCAAAACAGGAACUAAAUAUUGAUUCUGAUACUGGUAUAGAAUCUGAUACUGAUACCAAUAUAGAUUCUGAUGAAGAUAGUAAUAAUUAUACCAAAACAGAUACUAAUACCAAUGCAGAUACAUAUACCAUUACUGAUACUGAUACAGACAGCAACAAUGAUACGACUACAGAUACUGACACCGAGAUACAGAUACUGAAAACUGAUACAGAUACUGACAUUCAUAUAGAUACUGUCUCUAAUUCCACUACAGGUACUGAUAGUGAUAAAGAUACAGAUAUAGAUACUGAACCUGACACUUGUACAUACUUAUACUGAUACUUUUACAGAUACUGACACUAAUAUAGAUUCUUAUGCAGAUUCUGAUGAUUAUACCCAAACUAUUACGAAUACAGAUACAAAUACUAUUACUGAUAUCCAUAUAAACAACAACCAUGAUACUACGAUGAUACAUGAUACAACUCUGGAUUUGUUGCAUGUUCCUCCUCAUAUUCAAGCAGUUGGCUCAUUUACACUUGCACAUUAAAAAAGCACCUGAAGCGAGCUUAAUCACCUCUUGUUUGUUAUUGUUUAUAAGGUGUCAAAAGCUUUUAUUUUGAAGGAAACAGAAGCACAUCUGGUGUAAUUCUCUCUCUCUCUCUCCCUCUUUGUGUUUUUCAGGCCUUUGUCUCCCUCUCUCUGCUGUACUGGGCACUACAGGGCUUCUCGCAGCUGCUCAGUAUCAAGAGGAAAGCUGACUGAGUCUGCACCAGUGAUGAGCCUGAGGAAUAUUGUUAUUUUAAAACAUAAUUUCUAAUAUAAUUCUAUAUAAACACAUUUCAAUCACCUAUUACAGUGUAUUUAACCGUGUCUGUAGAUGUCAUCUUUCAACUUUUGCUGUUUUGUAUUGGAGGAGCUCGAUAAAAGCUUCUGCUUGAUUCACUUUUUACUUGAAUUUUAAACUGUAUUAAGUCUGUUUUUAACAAAAGCUUCAUGUAAGUUGUCCAUAUGCCUCUUUUUAAAUGAGUCCGGUGCUGUUUGAACAAAGGUGCUACUGUGAUAAUUCAAGUACUAAUCACACUAACUUGUCUGUAACCCCUGAGCUGCCGUGUAAUGCCUUUACUAUGCAACAUAUACCUCUUAUUCAGCAAAUAACUACUGCUCACACUGACGGCUGAUAAUUGGAGUUUUGACUUGCACAAAACUGUACGGUACACUGUUUUCUUCUUCUGACUGCAAUAAAACACAACCCUGCCUGUC